GCCGUCUACGCCCAGGGCAACAGCGACUUGCUGCGCAUGCGCACGCCUCUAGCCCCGCCUCUCACCCCACAGCAGCCGGCCGGUCGCUCCCCCUCCUCCCCUCAGAGCGGUUGAUAUGACGUCACCGCGCUGCUGAGCUCCGUUUCGUUGACAGCGCGGCGGCUUCCCAGAGAGCCCGGCGGGAGGAAGCGAGCUGAGAGAGGGAGGCACCGGGCGCGGGAUACUCUCACCCAGGGAGGAGGAGGAGGGAGGGCAUCGUCCCCCUAAAUACCAAAACGACUAGCUCCUCCUUUCGCGCCUCACCGCCCUCCGCGGCCAUCUCUCCAUUAUCGCCAUUUUUAUCUCGCAUUCCUGAUAUCGCCUGAGGUAGAGGACGAGGGGUUCGCGUUGGGUUUUUGCCUAUCCCCCCACACCGGAGAUACCACAACCACCACCCGCCCUUCCAAAGACCUUCCUGAGGGCGGCCACCCUCCGCACCUCCCCCCGCCGGUAAGUGCCCCCCUGGGCGGCUGUCAGCGCAGGGUAACCGGGAGGCUGUGAGGGAGGGAAGGCCCUGUCCUGACGAUGUGGCUGCAGCUGUUGCCUCCUCCCUCCUUCAUCUUCUCUCCCUCUCUCUCUCUCAAAAUGGCGGCCGGCCGUUACAGCUCCCGCACCGCAGGAGGGAGGCGGAGGAGAGGGAGGGAGGGCGGCUCAGUGCAUCCUCGGGGGGGAUAAUUGAGGCGUGGCAGGGUCACCGAGCACGGUGUUAUUCGGGGUGUGAUGUGCUGUAUUGGAGGCGGCUAGCAGCCAUCCGUGUACAAUGGGCCGUGUCUGCCGUGUACACUGAGCCCGGCUGCUGCUGCUGCUGUCUGACAGGGCGUCCUGGGCAGCUCCUCCGCAGAACAUUCCACGCGUUUCCAUGGCGACUGCUCCACGUUCAGCCAUUUGCGUCACAAUUUGUCCUUCAGUACACACGGCCUAAUCUAAGGAUAGACAAAAGGUAGACACCCCCCCUGUCAGCUGGUGUAUAACUACAACUCCCAUGAUGCUUUGCCAGCCUGUGUAUGUCUAUUAGGGGGAUUCAGCUCAGUGUCUGCUGCUGGCACCCAUGGCCUAAAUGACUUGUAUUUUUGAGGAUUAGUCUGUCUAGCUGGGUAUCUGUCUGAUGUAAGGAGAUGGUCAUACACGUCCAUUACAUAAAUAUUGUCAAGCCAAGGAUGGGUGUGGGUGUUACCCACCUUUAACCUCUCUAUUGCCACAAGGCCCUAUAUUGCAAUGUUCAGGUGAUCAUUUUUUGGUAUAAAUUUUAUGCUGUCAUUUUGUUCUAAAAUGUUCUUAAGGACUCCAGUGUUUUUACAGUCACAGCUUGUUUUUUUGGUUGGAAAGUGAUAGGUGCACUUGCAUAGUGAUAUUUUAUUUGUAGUAGGUGAAAGUAUAGGGGAGUGGAGAAUUGGUUGCAUGCAAGGUGUGUGGAUGUUGCUCAGUACUUAUAUACAUUAUGGCUUGGUUGUGUAUUAAACUUAAUGUUUCUUUCCCACCACAAAAUUACUUGGUGUCUUUUAUCAUUAUUGGUAAUUUAUGGACCAUUGACGUUUGGAUCAGAGGAAAAUGUAAAAAUACACCAAUUUUUCAUUCAGGGUGGAUCCUGUCAUCAGUGAUAUGUCUACUGCCUACCAUGCAAUAGUAAUCUGCUACAUUUGAGAUUAUGCUGGAUUUUAUUUUUUAUUUACCAAAUGUUUUUAAAUUAUUUUGGCACUACAAUUGUCUGCAGUAACCAUGAUUUUCAGUUGGCACACCCCUAUCACAAAUAUUAUAUCUUCAAUUUAGAAUCAUCCUCCUGUAUCUUUUAUGUUAGCAUGUGCUGUUUUCUUGGGCACUUUGCUCUGUGCUUGUUGGUCGGCAAGCCUUUGAAUGCAGUUGUUACCAAACCAUUUGCAUCUAGAAUUUAAGGGUUGGCUGUAAUAUUUAGGCUGUUUUGCUUGCAUGUGCAGAUGAAAUUGUCAGAACCGGGAGUGGAAGAAAGCUGAAUCAUUGCUUAGGUGUGUUGUGCACACCCUUGGUUUUAUACACUUGUUGUGUUACCUGAUCUUUCAGUAGUUGCUGUUAUUUCAUAAAAUAGAUAUAACACAGUGGAUGUUUAUACUGCCUUUUUGUUUUGGAGGUAACAUUUUAUACUCGUGACACUGAAAAGGGAAAUAAGUUCAUAAUUCUGACCAUUGCAAAUGGUUCAGGAUAAUGCUGUCUACAAAAAUUAAACUAUUAAAAUAUAUUUAUAGCUAUCUAUUUAUCUGCAAGUCUGAACCUUGUUUGUGCGCAGCAUCAAUCUGUAUGAGCCAACAGUCAUCAAGCAGAGACAGGGAGACUGGGUGGAGUAAGGAGGUAGAGGCAGAAAAUGGCUCUGUUUUUUUCAUGUGUUUUUUAUAUUUGCGUUUAUGCCAAAUGAGAGCAUCUUGAUUUUCAAUGUAAUAUGCCUUGUACAGAAAUGUUAUUGCUGCAUUAUGAAGCCAUGUAUUAGGGUUGCACAUAGAUAAAGUGAGAAGUUAUUGUUUAAAUUGUUCUUUGUUCUGGGGGUUUUUUUUGUACACACUUGUUGGUAAUUUUAUACGAAUCAACAUGUUGGUCUGCCAUACACUUUAAUAGUAGUUGCAUUUUUACUUGAAUGUGUAUUUUUUCAAUUGCUUAUUGUAAAUAAUCAGGUGUUCUGCUACUUUGGACAGUCACUUAAUCAAGUGGCAUCCAAAAGGACUUUUGUUUGCAUUUACCUUGUCUGCAUAAAAAAAAAAAAAAACAAAUCAGAUUGUUUUGAACCACUUAUAUAAAUAUCGUACCCCAGCAUAUGUUGGAUAUGACAUUUCUUGCUAAAAAGUUAAGCAGCUUUCAUUUUAAGAAAUGUAUUCGGCUUUAUUGUUCUAUAUUAUAUAAUUUUAAUUUGCAAAAAAUAUGAUUUAUAGGACUCUAAUGAAUGGCGCUUCAUGAUUUUGUACACACCACUUCACCAUUAUGUUUGACUUCAUUAAGGUUCCUGCGGGCAUCACAGCAAUAUCUCUAUAUACCAUGACAUGCCUUCUUUGUGAGCUGUUGGUGCAUAGGUGUCAUUCUGCAGAGUUGUAUUGUCACUGCUUUAUUUUUUGUUUUGUUUCCUGAUGACAUGCAUACUAUUAAAUAACUGUAUCCAGAGAAUUUCAUUUUUUGUUAUCUUUCUGGUGUUGAUUUGUCUAGUUACACCCCUCACUUUAUACAAUAAGUGUUAACAUUUAGUAUGUGCAGUAUUUCACUGUUUUUUAUUAUGUAUCUGACCAAUUUCAUGCUUCUGUUGCUUCAACUGGAGGCCCAACAUACUCCUUUUUAAUGUGAUCUGUGUUUAGAAACACUCUCUUUGUCUAACUGCAUGCCACUCCUACAAUGCAGUGCCUGUCUGAUUCUUUGAAAGUUUAACUGUUUCAUUGUUAUGUCAUAUUUAGUAGUGUCUACUAAAACAAUUCAAGGUUUUUUAUUUUUUUUGGUGUGGGUUGAGUCUGCAGACUUCUACCCUGUCUCCUUGCACAGUUGCUUGGUACUCAAAUUACUGUCAACAUCUUUUUGUCUCAUGCAUGGCUGUUUUUUGUAGCAAAAUGUUUGAAUGCAUUCUUCUGUUUGUACAUGUUAACCUAAGAAAUCAAAGCCUGGAAAGACAUACAGAUAUAAUAAUGGACAUUUGAGUAUGUAUACACGUGUUAAUGUUGUACAGGUAAAACCAAAUAUUUUCUACAGGUCAGUUAGUUUAGGUUUUUGCAAAUUGUGCAGAACUAUUGCAGGUAACUUACCUUUUGCUGUAUACUUAUGCCUUAGUCAACCAUUUCUACUAAAAUUUAAUAUGGCAUUGGGCUUUUCGAGUUUGAGUAAAUCUUAACCCUUUUCAAACUGGUAUUGGUGGAAGCAUGUAAAAUGUAUUGCUAGGAUAUUGGAGCUUUAAUAGAGUGAAUAGGAGAGCUGCAACCAUUGGCCAAGUAGUUAUAUUCUUUGAUACUAUGUUUAGUAUUUCAGCAUUAUGGGUUAGUGUCAUUUUAUAAUAUGGUUCCUUUGGUUACAUGUUAUAGCUGGUAUGUUGCUCUUUCCUCAGAUACUACAUAAUUGAAUGGUUUAUACAAACUGUUGUGUAUACAAUUUGUUAAAAGUAUACUCCAAUACAUAUAGCCAGCAAAAAUUAUGGUUUGUACUUUGCAAUGUCUUUCGAACACCUCUACACUGUCCAACACAACCAUCAACCUUUCGUUUUAAAAAGACGCACUCAAGGCUUUUGUGUUCAGUUUUAUCAAAAGGGUCCAUAUUUUGGAUGCAUAAUACAAACCUGUAUGAUGUCACAAAUUGAGGGAUUGCUCUGGUGAAUCCGGUUUUAUUUUUUCAACACUGUAAAAACUUAAUAAAUCAUUCUUGCACCAUGACUGUUACAGUAAGUGAUUGUGGUGCUUGGACUCGAACAUUUUAUAAUUUACAUACUUAUUUACUUGUUUUACCAUUUUUAUAUAUUUUUAAAUUUGAAACUAUAAUUCUCUCCCCUUUAAGGACUGCCCAUCUUUCUUAGGAAGUGAAAAUUGAAGUUAGAGUACUAUAGGGUCAGGAACACAAACAUGUUUUCCUGACCCUAUAGUGUUAAAACCACUAUCUAGCCCCCUUUGCCUCCCUAAAGAUAGUAAACUCUUAAUUCUAUUCAAGUAUGAAGCUGCUGCCCCUGCCUGUGCCUCUGACAUCAGAAGUGGUGGCCUGAUCCAAUCACAAUACUUCCCCAUAGGAUUGGCUGAGACUGACAAGGAGGCAGGUCAGGGGCAGAGCCAGCACAAACCAAACCCUGGAUGCAUGCAGGCCGCCAAGUGUUUUCUAGCUUCUGGUGCCAUCACCCUUUUGCCCAGAGCACAAAAGAUCCAUUUGUGAGGUAAUCUUUAUUUUCUUGCUUUGGAAUUGUCUUGGGGGAUCGUUUUUCCUAGGAAUUCUUGGAUAUGUGUAUUUUAGGGUACGUCUAAUGAUCCUGAAAAUCUAGAGCGGGAUCAACCCAUUUCUAAAUCUUGUAAUUUUCCUUCACCAGAUUAAAGGACCACUCUAGGCACCCAGUCCACUUCAGCUUAAUGAAGUGGUCUGGGUGCCUGGUCCAGCUAGGGUUAACCCAUUUUUUUUAAUAAACAUCAGAGAAACUGCUAUGUUUAGAAAUAGGCUAAUCCAGUCUCUAGUGGCUGUCUCAUUGACAACCGCUAGAGGCGUUUGCGUGCUUCUCACUGUGAAAAUCAGUGAGAAGACGCAAGCGUCCAUAGGAAAGCUUUAUGAAUGCUUUCCUGUGAGACUGGCUGAAUGCGCGCGCAGUUCCUGCCGCGCAUGCGCAUUCAGCCGAAGAGGAGGAGGAGAGCUCCCCGUCCGGCACUGGAGAAAGGUGAGUGUUUAACCCCUUCCUCGCCCCAGAGCCGGGCGGGAGGGGGUCCCUAAGGGUGGGGGCACCCUCAGGGCACUAUAGUGCUAGGAAAAAGUUUUCAUGGCACUAUAGUGGUUCUUUAACGCACAAAUAAGCAGUGUAACUUCUGCAUUAAGACUAUGUAGAUAGUUCAAAACAUUGAAAUAUUUUCAUGAGAGGUUGUGGCUGAGAAGGUCUUCUAGCACAGCAUUCUGCAAAACACGUUUUUUUUUUUGUUUGUUUUUUAAAUAAAUACUAUGAUUUAAACUUGCAAAAAUGCCACAUUAUUGAGGUAAUGCAGUAAAAAAAAAAUUACAUACAUUUAUUGGUUGCUGGAGUGAUUCCUUUUGAACGCACACUUUAAGCAUUAAAUAAUCUUUACCUUGAAGAAACAGUUUGGGCACCGUAACAACUUCAUCAAAAUUGGCUUGUUUUAUGUCCCAGAUAUUGAGAUCGUUUCUAUUCCUGACUCUGUUCCUGUAAUGCUUUCCUAUGGGGUAACUAAUGCGCUCGGCACACAUGGCACAUUAGGUCCACCAUUGGUGUGACAUCGCGGGAGGAGGAGACCUUAAUUUUAAGUAAAGGUUUUUAACCUUUGCAUGCUCGCAGGAGGAGCUAUCUAAAGUUAGACAAAGGCAUACUAUUGCAUUAGGAAUACAGUUGGAAAGAUAUUAACCAGAAUUCAAUGUGUAUUGCAAGCAUAUAAAUAACUGCCGAAGAAAUGUCUUCACAUCCACCAUUCUGCAUAUAAAAUAAGCUUGUUACACCCUUAUUAACCGUAAUUGGCUUAGUCAAUUAUGUUACCUUGGUCUUUGUAUUGUCUGGUGUAUUAAAGUGUAACUGUCUUUUAUGAACUCUUCAUGGAAUAUUUAUGGAAAAUUGCCUAUAUCAAAGGUCAAAUUUGUGCCAGGUUGCCAUGAAGAAAUAAAAUGGCACCUUGUGCUGAAAAUGUAGUAUUCCUCAUGUGUAGUCUCAAAAGAAUUUGGCCUGUUUUAAGGAUACUUUUGUGCUCCACUUUUUCAGCUCUCUCUCUCAUAGCGCCAACAGAAAGUUAUGUCCCAUGCCUGAGCUCUAGGUACAACUCAGAAGAGCUCUGAAGUAAUGAGACCUCAAGAUUUCCACUCUACAACAGACUAGCAACCGAGGACCUGGAGAAGAUAGAGAGACUAAUUAAAUAAGUAUGUGUGUUUAUGAAUUUGUGUGCAGGUGCUGGUAAUUGGAUGGUGUGUGAGUGAUUAAGCAUUUGUGUGUGAAUAGUUUGACGUGUAUGUAAGAGUGACUACGUAUGGUAAUUAGUUGUGAGUGAAAGUGGCUAAUAAAGUGAGAAUAUGACUUGUGGCGUGUAAGUGGAAAAACUUGGCGUCCAGAGAAAUGUUUCAAUUCCAAGUUUGUAUAUUAUGUUGGAAUUUCUCUGAAACUUGGGUGCAGUUAAAAGAUCUACAUAAGGCAAAAAUAUAUAAUUACUUUGCGUAUGGAAAUGACAAAACUGGAAUAUUUAGGUCAACUUGUCCCCUCUAAAUGUACUAAAAUCUUACCUUAUUUCCAGCAUUGUGCUGGUCUGCUAGCGUGGCUCUGCCCUGAUCUGUCUCCUUGGCUGACAUCAUCAGAAGUAAUGAUCGCAGCCAAUCACAAUGCUUUUUCCAUCUCAGCCAAGGAGGCGAUGCAGUGCCAAACUCCACCCUGGCCACUCAGCAUCUGAAUCAUCUUAUUUGAAUCAAUGCAUCUCUAUGAUGAAAGAUCAGCAUCUCUAUGUAUAGCAUGGAGAGGCUUAUCGUCGGUGCUGCAUGCUGUGCAACCCUGAGUAGCGGCGCUGGAGGUAUCCCGAGGCUGUAAUGUAAACACUGCCUUUUCUCUAAAAAAAGGCAUUGUUUACAACGGAAAAGCAUGCAGGGACAUGGUUUUGACACCAGAACUACAUUAAGCUGUAGUUGUUCUAGUGACUAUAGUGUCCCUUCAAAGUAAAUUUUAAUAUUUAUGCCCAAAAUAACAAUUGUGUUAAAAAAAAAAAUUGUAUUUUAUUUUGAAAUUUACUUUGAGUUCUUGAAAACUCACACUUCAGUGAAUAAUAAAUUUCACAUUUGUUUGUGUUUAUAAACCCUUUUUAUAAUUAUAUUAUUUUUUUUUUUUUAUGGUUGUGAUUAUAGCGCUCUGCUGUGCUAUCACAGGAUUUGGCAGUGUUAAUGAAUUAGAAACAUAGGUAUAUCCUACCAAUCACAUGGCAUGACCAGCAAUAGUACAAUAUUUAGAAAAGCUGUGGCUCAAAAUUGAAGUGGCUGUUUAAUUUCACCACAAACUAUAACAACCAAAGAAAUCAUGAAGCAUUCCUUACAAGGAAAUUAAAAUAACACUUCCAUAACUUAAUUGAAAUGGUUAUGGGGCAUUAAAGGGAAACUCUAGUGCCAGGAAAACAAACUCGUUUUGCUACGGAUCAUGAACUGUUCCAAUCAUUGUGGUACAGGUUGGUCUAAGUUUCAUCUGUCCAAAGAAUGCCAUGCCAGAACUGGGUUUGCCUUUCUAGAUUUAAAAAAAUAAAUAAAAUUUAUAGCAGUGUCUAAUCUAGCCUUUCUGUUAUUGAGGUUUGAGUGGUUUGCACCUUGCAGUGAUCCUUCUGUAUUUACUCUCCCGAAGUCUUCUCUUUAUGGUAGACUUGGAUAAUGAAAUGCCUACCUCCUGGAGAGUGCUCUUGUCUGGAUAUUGCGGAGGGAACCAUGGGAAUGAUCCUACAAUCAUCCACCACUGUUUUCUGUGGGUGUCCAGGUCUGUUGGACAGAGAUCACCAGUGCAUCUCACCACCACCCCUUCCCACCACAUUUAUUUUUUUACUUAGAAUGUACCAAACUGUUGAUUUGACCGCUCCUGUUAUCUUUCAGGUGAUUUGUUUUCUCUUCAGUUAAAGAUGGGCUGUUUCACUUGCAUUGAGUGCUCCUUUGACCGCAUAUUGUAGGUUCACAGCAUCAGCUUUCAAAUGCGAAUGACACACCUGGAAUUCCAGACCUUUUGCCUGCUUAAUUGAGAAAAAUAAUGAAGGAAUAGCCCACACCAGUCAAUGAAAUGUCCCUUGGAAAAGAGGGGGCUACAUAUUAAAGAGCUGUAAUUCCUUAACUCUUGCUCCAAUUUUGAUGUGUAUACUCUAAAAUUUCAUUUGAGACUGCACUUUUAGCCCAUAUCUAUUAUUUAACUGUAACUUGAAAAAAAUCAAAAUGAAGAAAAACUUGUCACUGUCCAAAUAUUUUCAGACCUAACUAUAUUACAGUGAUACAUAUUGUAUACUCAAGUCCUAUAUUAGCCAGUUACUCGUUACUGCAAGCAUGGACAGCCCAUGAUAUACUGAUCUAAAGUGAAUUUCUACUCAAGGGCAGAAAUUUCACCUGCCAAUGUUUUGAGCCCUUAUGUAUUCAGCAUAAUGUAUUGUGAGAUAAAUACACUUCAACUCUAAUCCAGCGCCACCAUGUUCCAACUUUUGUGAGUUACUCUUCUUUAAUAACCACCUCUACUCUGUCCGUGCACAGCAUUUGCAUUUCUUUGAUAUACCCUGCUUGACUGCUUCCUCCAACAGAGCAAACCUAUGUGUCAAAGAUAUGCUGGCAUUCAUUGCCAGCAUCUCAAUAGUGACAUGUGUAACUGUUAAUAUACUCUUAUUUUCUAAAAGAGCAUAUGUUUAUAAAUAGCAUGAAAUAAUUAACCCACUCCCCCACUUUGGUCCUAAUGCUGUGUCUGUGAGUGCUACCCUCACAAACUCCCACCACUUCCUCAGGUUGGUUGCAAUACUCGCAUAAUGACAUUGAUUGCCAGGGCAUUCAUUGUUGUCAGAAUGGAGUGAUGUCCAUCAUGCCUCUCCUAUAUUCCGAGAUACAUUCGCAAGAGAGAAUAGUAGCUUAGCACAUGCAUUGUAGUUGCAAUGAUAGUGAGAUCUUCCUGCACUCCACUGUCACUUAAAGGGACACUAUAUAGUCACCAGAACAACUACAGCGUAUUGAAUUUGUUCUGGUGAGUAGAAUCAUUACCGUCAGGCUUUUUGCUGUAAACACUAUCUUUUCAGAGAAAAUGCAGUGUUUACAUUACACACUAGUGAUAACUUCACUGGCCACUCCUCAGAUAGCUGUUAGAGAUCCUUCCUGGUUUAUGGCUCCCUAAAAUGCAUCAAAACAUUCAGUGUCUCUUCCCUCUGCAUGCAGACACUGAGCUUUCCUGAUAGAGAUUCAUUAAUUCAAUUCAUCUCUAUGAGGCGAUGCUGAUUGGCCAGGGCUGUGUUUGAAUUGGGCUGGCUCUUCCCCUGAUCUGCCUCUUUGUCAAUCUCAGUCAAUCCUAUGGGGAAGCAUUGUGAUUGGAUCAGGCUACCACUUUUGGUGAUGGCAGGUCAAAAGGAAACAGGGAAAAAAGUAAGCAGCUCCAGACUUGAAACCUAGUAAGAUUUUACUAUAUUCAGGGAGGCAUGAGGGGACCAGGGUGGGUAGAUGGUGGUUUUUAACCCUAUAGGGUCAGGAAUAUGUUUUUUCUGACCAUAUAGUGCUCAUUUAAUUGUCAGCGUAAGGACAAAUGUCUGGUUAAAAAAAAUCUAUAUCUUUUAAUAGAUGUAGUAGGAAAUCUACAUUAACUAUCCUGCUGGCAUAUUAAAUAGAUGUAUAUUUUGUCUUCUGCAAUCUAAUGAAAAAUAGGUACAAUUUGUAAGACCUGCCACCCAGACACUGGUUGUCUCAUUGAAUUUACUUUUAUAGGGUUCUUGUUUUACCGAACGUGUAUGUGUGUCAAAAAUUAAGCUAAAUUUUUUUCCCUUCGCAGAUUCCAGGUGUUGCAAUUAGGGAUCGACCGAUAGAGAAUUUAUUUAGAGCCGAUACCGAUAAUCUGUGAACUUUCAGGCCAUUAGUCGAUAACCUAUCGAUAUUCUGUACAUUUACCAUUGUGAAUGCAGUGUGUGUGUGUGUGUGUAUAAAGUGAAAGCAGUGUGUGUGUGUGUGUGUGUGUGUGUGUGUGUGUGUGUGUGUGUGUGUAAAAAAAAGUCCCCCCUCCCUGCUUCUUACUUGGCCAUGGACUGUGCAGAGGGGGCCCAGCAAGCGCUUGCUUACCUUCACAGCAGCUCCACAGGUCCACCGGGCUUGUCAUGGGCCUGGCGUUCCUGGUAUGUAUUAUCGGCAAUAUCGGUAUCUUUUUUGGCCGAUAUUGCUGAAAAUACAGAAUAUCGCCGAUUAUAUUGGCCAGACCGAUAAUCGGUCAAUCCCCUGUUGCUAAAAAUCUGCUAAUGAGGGGUACUGCCGUGCAUGCGCAUUAGGUCUUGCUCAUAGGAAAUCAUUGAACACUCAUGGACAGCUGUUGUUAAUGCAACUCAUGAGCAUGAUUUUUGGUUAUUGGCUUGCUGAUGAGACUUGGCGUUACUUGAGAAGCACAAACCAAGAAAGUUUCUUUUUAUGGUGGGCAAAAAAAGAGAAUGCUCCUUCUUCCUGAAGUCAGUUGAUAGUCAAUACAUUGUUAAACACAAGCUGAAACUGCUAAGGAAUCCUCUUAAGGAAUCCAAGUUUAAUAUGGAAUGAUGAGUGGAAACUUUGAUUCUUUGAACUAAUUUGCAUAUGCCCACCCACAAUCGAUUGCAGUAGUAACAUCACUGCAAAUUUGAGAUUUCUGUAUAUAUACACACACAUACUCACAGCAUAUAUUUUAAUUUUUUUUUGUAACUGAAGCCAUUUGCUAUAAAUUAAAAAGCCCUGUUUUCCUUUGUAUAUUUGCUGCUUGUCCUUCGAUAAGGUCAUCAAUGCUGAUUGAGUCCAAUCCAUUAGGGACAUGGGGUGCUCUGCCUGUCAGAUGCUUCUCAUUAAGAUGUAGUGGUUAAAGUGCUUAGUGUGCCUUUAAAGCUUUGUUAUCCAGUUUCUUUUGUUUUCCUUCUUAUUUUUCUUAGGAUCAAGUUUCAAUGUUUUAUACUCCUCCUGUGACCUAAUCUCUGGUUAGAUGUUAAGUGCUAUAAAAUGAAGGUUGAUAUUUUAUAAUGCUGUCACUUAUGACCAUAAAGUUAUUUUAGUUGGAAGAUUGUUGAGCAAAGGUUAGUAGGAAAUCACACCAGUCAGCCUUUAUAUCCCCUCCAAAUUUUGCUUGGUUAUUCAGUUAUAUUAGCAACUAUUGCCUGUCUCCUGAAAAAGUUACUGUUAAUCUUAAUUUGCUUUAUUGUUUUAAACACAUUAAUAUCUUUAUCGACCACAAUUAUAAUAGAUUUAACUAGAGUAACCAAUUGAAGAUGUCAUUUUUUAGUGUGGGGGUGGCAAUUUUUAAUCCUCUCUUGAUUGUUAUUGAUGAGAGAGCAGGGCCACAGAGUAUGUGAGAUCAGCAGCCAGACAGCGUGUGAGUUGCAGAGAAGCUCCCAGCUUUCCAUUGUGAAUAGGAAAUGGUUCUUUGACUUUCCCACAAGUCCCCUCAUACGUUCCCACAAUUUUACCACAUGACCGGAGUCUUCAUAUUUUGCAUUAACUUCCUUUACUACUCCAAAAGCAGCAAAGAACAUAUAAGAAACAAACAACCAAUAAGAGACAAGCAGAGUAUAAUGCCCCUCCCACUGAGGUACUUACUCUUUCUUUGCUGCUCCCUCACAAGUCAGAAUAUUGUGUCUAACACAUUGCCACUGGCUUGUCUUGUCAUUAUUACUGUGUUUCAACUGUAUUUUAUUUGAAUGGAUUACUUCUGUGGGGAGUUUAUCCUGCACCUUUCCUUCUAGGCUGCCUGAGGGUUAAGUUUUUUUUUUUUUUUCUUUCCUAUUCCCAUUCCCUUCUUUUCCCUCUAGUAUUUUUCCCCACAGGUUCCUAGAUUCAGGUUAUACACACUGUUUAUAUCCGUCUGGGUAUACUCCCACCCUCUGUGGCUACGCUCGCCAUUUUGUUGCGUCCUUGCGGCACGGUGCGCUUACUACGGUGAGCGUAAAGCACCAGGGUUGCUCUCCUACCAGUUAGGCAUUCGUGUGGCAAGUCAUCCGACCCUGUGCAUUCCGUUACGCGUUCGGUGAAACUUCCCCCUUUGUUUGCUUAAUUCCUGCGUUCACAUAUCGUCCACAUUGUACCUUCCGAACACGACUAACAAACCAUUCGCGUUCUGUAGAUAGCUUCCCAUUGGGUUUGUCUGUUUCUCUGUGAACGGUUCUUCAUGAACAAUGGCAUUCACGGCUUAGCUCUGUUCGAUGGGUUUUUCAACCUUCCCGCCAAAAUGCAGUAGGAUUUUCAAUGGCUAUUUUGGAUUUCGCGUCACGAGAAUACAAAAAUUAAUAAACAGGUUCAAAAUGAUCAACACUAAGUAUAAGCAGAGUUUCAUGUUAUAUUGAGGUAGCCCAUUGAAAUACAUUAAAAGGUAAAAUGACUUCUAGGAGAAAUUGUAAAUAGUCCCAGCUCCUACUGUACCUUUGCCUGAUUGUAUGGAUUUAUAUAGUGCAUAAACAUGUUACUUUAACUAUUCUACCUGUUUUGGAUAAUGUUGCUCAAAUAUUCAGCAGAGGGGAAAAUUAAUAAUUAUGAAUCUAAACAAGUUAACUAAAGGCUCUGUAACUGCUAUAUGUCAUUGACGUGGUUGGUGCCUGGAGUCUCCUGGCACAGUCCUUCCACUUUCAUUUAGCUUUUUAUUUUUUUUAAAUUCUUUAUUUUUAUUGUGCAAAGGGAGGUACAAACAUGGCUGCAAUGCCACAAUAACGAUUACAUGCCUUCGCAAAAUACUGACAAUACUGUGACAUGGGAUUAAACUCCUCACAUUUUUUAAAUUGUUAGAGUAAUGCUGAGUAAGUCUGGUUAGUAAAUGCGAGUAACAAUAGCAAGAGGUGUGUUUACGAGAAAUAAAUUGACAUGACUGACGUAGAUUAGUAGCCUGCUGAAUUGCUAAACAUUAUAAUAAGCAAAAUGGACAAUCUGUCAAGACAUGAGUAGAAGAGGAGCAAUGAAACGUUAUGGCAGCUGUAUGCUUAAUAAACAGUUGUAGGUUAGAAAGGUAUGUAUGCUAAACUACCUUAUGUAUCAGAAUAGCGAGGCUAUACAUAGAAAAGCUUAGCUUAUAAUCGCUUGGUCCCUAGCGAUAUCCCCCCUGCGGUCCCCAGCAUAAAUAAAAGGGCUAUUGAAUUGCAUGCAUACAGGUGUGAGAGUUCAUCUCGGGUAUUAAAAGGUAAUGAAUAUUGGGCACUGUGCCUGACAUUGAGUCCCAGUCUUGUAUGGGUCAGCUGAUGCCUUGUUGGGGCUGGGUGUGCUCCCCCUGCGCCGUUAGUUGCAGCUAUGGUGCGUGCCGCAUUCCCCUUGGUCCAGCAGUGUAGGAGAAGUGUCUCAGUGUGGGCAGAGGACCUAGUCGGUAUGUAUAAUGUGGCUCCAGUUGUGGUUCCCACCUGCCGGUGUAUUCGUUGGCUGUGGAUUUGUGCUGCUGCCGCCGUUUUAGGCCUCUUGGUCUGCCACUUGCAUGUGUGGAUGAGUUGGCCAUUGCCCCUCUUAGGCUGGGUCAUUGUCGGGGAGCGAGGCGGUGUUCUGUGCUAUGCUGUGAGGGUCCCCUUAAGAUGCUUUGCCUGUGCCUGGUCGCGUUCACCCUUGGUGUGGCUCUGUUAACCCAAUAUCGGGUUGGUCUUUUUCAGGCGCCUGUGGAGCCCGGGAAGGGAACUUACGGCGUGUGCCAGGACAUUCUCUUGAGCCUCUCGUAACUGUUCCAGCCUCUCCCAGAAGGCGUAAAAAAUGCAGGUGAGUCUGAGCUCAGUUUCUCUCUCUGCCUUGCAGAGGCUUGAGGCGUGUGUCGUUCCCCAUUUUGUCGGCCACCAGCGACCUCCCGUCCGCCCGAUCUGUUCAACCGCUUAUCACCUGCUGAGGUGACCUUGAGGGGGUGGACCGGGAUAACCCCUGCCGGUCCGGGGGGGAGAACGAGGGCCCAGAGUCCUACAUCUGGCUGGUUCAGGCAGCAGGGAAGCAGUCUUCCUCCCUGCGCCCGCCAUGCUGGUAGGCCUCGCUUUGAGUUUGGGUACGUCUGUGUAACAUCGUCGCUUGGGGGUGGUGUCUGUGUGUGCGCCCUGUUAUCACCCGUCACUUGGUGGCCUUUAAACUGCAUUUUAGUGCCUUUCAAGCGUCUAGAAUCCGUUGUUUUAGCCCCAAGCAGCCGGAGCUGGUGAGGCAUGCUUCCUCUCUGCUCAGCAGUCAGGCCUCGCCCCUAGGUUUUUAUUUUUAAUGCUAAAUAAGUUGCUAGAUGCCCAUCCCCCAGGUUUAGCUUGGGCUAUUGAGGAAACAUUAACUUACGCGGCAAUGGGUGGCUACAGUUGGCUGAAAUUGUCUGACUGCUUCUAGCCUAUCACAGCGCCCACUGCUUAUAAAAAUUGGCCUUACUAAAAGGGAGUGUGCAGUCCCUGCCUUGGCCAUUGAGGGCUGUGGGUGGCAUGGAACCCUCCCCCACCCGUUUAACUUUUACUGAAAAAGUUUCAAAUAAUUACACUUAUACUGCAUAAGCAGAGGCACACUAUUACAAAGAUAAACAUAUAAGGGUAGAAAAAAACAUAUUUUUUUGUGUAACUUUCACAAAAUUAGUGGAAGUGCUUGGUCUGAGGAACCAAGAUUUCUUUCGUUGCGAUCCUGCUUGUGAAGAAGUGGUCUGCUGCAUCGCACAAAAUAUCAACUCUAGUAGACCAGGGGUGCUAAAUCAAAAUAAGGAGAAUGAACAAACCCAAUAAGCAACAUUAUCAAGGGGGACAAACGGAGGGCGGGAGGUAUUGUCUUUCUUGAAAUUCAUCCAAUGGAUUUUAUAAAGGAAGUCUUUGUGACUAAUAUUCAAAAUUACGUGUGGACUGUAAAGCCUAGAGUAUGUUUGAUUGGAGGACGAUCUAGGGACUUCCAGAAACUGUUAUUUUGGCAACCACUAGGAUGGGUCUACAUUCUGAUUGUACUUGGCAGCAUACGUGUCACUGCUUGCCUUUCUUCCAUCUCUGAUUGGAUGUCCUCCCGCUUCUUGAAACUCAAUCUCUCUUAAACUGAACUCCUUGUCUUACCUCCUCCUAAUACUGAUCGCCCUCUAUCACAUCAGUCCAUCCUUGCAAGUGCGCUGACUUGGCGUUAUACUUAAUUCUGGCCUCACAUCCAGUCUGUUAGCAAAUCCUGUAGAUUCCACCUUAAAAACGUAGCCCGCAUCCGCCCUUUUCUCACACAAGAUGCUACUAAGGAGCGUGUACAUGCGUUGGCUAUCUCUCAUGGAUUAUUGUAACUCUCUCCUAAUAGGUCUUCCCACAAGUCGUAUUACCCCGCUGCAGUCUGUAAUGAAUGCUGCAGCUAGACUGAUUUUCCUCUCCUGUCGCUCCUCUCACACCUCUCCCCUCUCAGUCCUUACAUUGGCUUCCUGUAUCCUAUAGGUGUCAAUUCAAGGUACUAAACCACACCUAUAGAGCACUGACUAAUUCUAGCCCUCCUAUAUUUUUUCACUGAUCCUCAGGUAUGACCCUUCUCGGUCUCUCCGCUCUGCACAUGACCUUCUCCUGUCGCACCUGUACAGCCAACUCGCACUUGCAGGCCUUCUCGCGAGUAGCUCUUUUCCUUUGGAAUAGCCUGCCUAUGACCAAGCUGUCUUCUCUCCAAUCAUUUAAAAAGUGCCUCAAAACCCAUCUUUAGGAAAACUUAUGGCCUUCCAGAGUAACCUCUACCUCACAUACCUGUCUCUUGAACUCUCCUGAAGGGCAGCACUUUACUCUCUCCUCCGGUUCUGCUUCACUCCACCUUGUUUGAUUGCUACCUUUUGUCCUGAUAGGUUUUACGCCCCACCUCCUAUAGACUGUAAUCUCAUUUUAGCAGGGCCCUCUUCAACCUAUUGUUCCUGUAAGUUUUUGUAAUUGUCUCAUUUAUUGUUAAAUCUCCCCCUUUGAUAAUAUUGUAAAGCACUACGGAAUAUGCUUGCGCUAUAGAAAUACCAGUAAUGAUAAUAUCUAGGAGGAAACAUUGUCGUUCCUGUGGGAGCUUCUGUCCUGUAAUAUUGUGUAUGAUCUGGUUAUUACUUUGCCAGUACAAGGAAAUAUUUAUGCAGCUCCAGAAGAUGUGGCCCAAUGUGGGCAAACACUCUUGCAUAUAUGUGGGCCAGGUGAGUAAAACCUAGACACCAUCUAAAUAGUUAGCGAUUUUAGUCUCCCAGCAGUUUAAUUCCACCUACUAUUUAAUGGUAUAGGAGGGUUUGUCUGACUCUUGGAGCUCUAGGAGGGCUUGGUACUAGAUGGACAAAGGUUUAAAAGCUCUAUUAAAACCCUUGCAGAGUUGCUGGAAGUGAAUAUGCUAGCGGGAGAACCCAUAUGUGACCAGUCUUCAUGGGAUUGAUUUCAUGAAUAAGUAAGAGAUAUCAGAGGGCUGUAGGGUGCAUGCUUUGGUUAGUACAGGAAAAGGGAUAAUUGAUGUGGAGGACAGCAACUUGGGACAUGUUUCUCAGCGGUGGACAGUCUAGAGGAGGGGAAAUCUGUGCAUAGCAUAGGGAUGUCAAUGCAACAUAAUCGAAGUGGGUAUCUUCUAGUAGUGGUGUGUUUUUUUUGUUUUUUUUUUGUUUUUGUUUUUUAAACUUAAUGAUCUCCAUAGCUGCGGGGAGUGAUAUGUAGUGGAGAGAGCCCCAGGGUGUGUGCGACAUAUGUUCUCCACAUAAGCUAAUUAACCUUGAGGGGAGAAAUGUACAGUUGCAAGAAAAAGUAUGUGAACCCUUUGGAAUGAUAUGGAUUUCUGCACAAAUUGGUCAUAAAAUGUGAUCUGAUCAUCAUCUAAGUCACAACAAUAGACAAUCACAGUCUGCUUAAACUAAUAACACACAAAGAAUGAAAUGUUGCCAUGUUUUUAUUGAACACACCAUGUAAACAUUCACAGUGCAGGUGGAAAAAGUAUGUGAACCCCUAGACUAAUGACAUCUCCAAGAGCUAAUUGGAGUGAGAUGUCAGCCAACUGGAGUCCAAUCAAUGAGAUGAGAUUGGAGGUGUUGGUUACAGCUGCCCUGCCCUAUAAAAAACACACACCAGUUCUGGGUUUGCUUUUCACAAGAAGCAUUGCCUGAUGUGAAUGAUGCCUCGCACAAAAGAGCUCUCAGAAGACCUAUGAUUAAGAAUUGUUGACUUGCAUAAAGCUGGAAAGGGUUAUAAAAGUAUCUCCAAAAGCCUUGCUGUUCAUCAGUCCACGGUAAGACAAAUUGUCUAUAAAUGGAGAAAGUUCAGCACUGCUGCUACUCUCCCUAGGAGUGGCCAUCCUGUAAAGAUGACUGCAAGAGCACAGCGCAGACUGUUAAAUGAGGUGAAGAAGAAUCCUAGAGUGUCAGCUAAAGACUUACAAAAGUCACUGGCAAAUGCUAACAUCUCUGUUAGUGAAUCUACAAUACGUAAAACACUAAACAAGAAUGGAUUUCAUGGGAGGAUACCACAGAGGAAGUCACUGCUGUCCAAACAAAACAUUGCUGCACGUUUACAGUUUGCACAAGAGCACCUGGAUGUUCCACAGCAGUACUGGCAAAAUAUUCUGUGGACAGAUGAAACCAAAGUUGAGUUGUUUGGAAGAAACACACAACACUAUGUGUGGCGAAAAAAAGGCACAGCACACCAACAUCAAAACCUCAUCCCAACUGUGAAGUAUGGUGGUGGGGGCAUCAUGGUUUGGGGCUGCUUUGCUGAGUCAGGGCCUGGACGGAUUGCUAUCAUCGAAGGAAAAAUGAAUUCCCAAGUUUAUCAAGACAUUUUGCAGGAGAACUUAAGGCCAUCUGUCUACCUGCUGAAGCUCAACAGAAGAUGGGUGUUGCAACAGGACCAUGACCCAAAGCAUAGAAGUAAAUCAACAGAAUGGCUUAAACAGAAGAAAAUACGCCUUCUGAAGUGGCCCAGUCAGUCCUGACCUCAACCCGAUUGAGAUGCUGUGGCAUGACCUCAAGAAAGCGAUUCACACUAGACAUCCCAAGAAUAUUGCUGAACUGAAACAGUUCUGUAAAGAGGAAUGGUCAAGAAUUACUCCUGACCGUUGUGCACGUCUGAUCUGCAACUACAGGAAACGUUUGGUUGAAGUUAUUUCUGCCAAAGGAGGUUCAACCAGUUAUUAAAUCCAAGGGUUCACAUACUUUUUCCACCUGCACUGUGAAUGUUUACAUGGGGUGUUCAAUAAAAACAUGGCAACAUUUCAUUCUUUGUGUGUUAUUUAAGCAGACUGAGUGUCUAUUGUUGUGACUUAGAUGAUCAGAUCACAUUGUAUGACCAAUUUGUGCAGAAAUCCAUAUCAUUCCAAAGGGUUCAUACCUUUUCUUGCAACUGAAUGCAUUCUCCAGCGCAAUCCACAUUGCACUCAUGGAUUGGGAGCUAAAUUGUAGGAUGAGAGCUAGAUUAGUGGCGUAAUAUUUCAAGCAGAUAUCCGGCAUCCCAAGACCACCUGACAGGGCUACCACAUGUUAAUCUGUAGGAUAGUCUAGGUGGCUGUGUCAUACCAUAUGUAUGUACAGUUUUGAGGGAAAAAAUGCAACCUCUUUGAAUUUUAUGGGUUUACAUAUCAGGAAAUGACUGUUACUUAGCAGGUCUUAAAAUUCGGUACAUAUAAUCUCAGGUGAACAACACAUGGCAUAUUAGUGUCAUGAUUUAACAAAAAUAUAGCCUAAAUCAGUGCAUGUGUGUAAAGUUUGUGGGCUUUAGAAUAGAAAGUGUAAUCUCUCUCAAGGUGGGUAUAACCCUUCCAAGAGUUGUGGAGGACAUGGGUGGUUAACAGCUCCCAGAAUUAGCAACUAAAGGUAUAAUCUUGCCUGGUUUGAAAUAUGGUGUUGGCCCAGGUGGGAUUUACUGUGCAAUUAAAGUUGCCACAUUGGAAGAGUCUCCCUCUGGUCAAUUUGGAAUUUCUUGUGAAGCAUCUGGAUAGGAAACCCAUUUUUGUUUUUGUUUGGAUUAUCGAUGGAGGCUACUGUAAUUUGUUGUUGUGCAAACCCUUGAAUUUUAGUCUUCCUUGAGGGUCUGCAUAUUUCCUGUUAAGAGAAGGACCAGACCUUGUGAAAAAUAUGUUCAAUUUGAUUUAUGUAUGUGAGUAUGCGUGAUCACUAACUGGAAAUGUAGGUGAAAAUAAUUUAGGUGAAUUGCACCUGCAGAAAUGGGUCUCCUGUAGGCAAAAUAUGAAUGCUCCAGAGGAGCGCACAUCUUUUAAUACCAUACACCUCUUUUGGUGGCUGUUGAGGCCCUUAGCAUUAAGACGAUACUGAAGAACCUACUCAUGUUGGUUAUGGGUCAUUGCUUUUGUGGGGGGAUCUGAUGUCCCUAGUCGGCUUUUUAGGAAUGGGGUCUCCCAUGGGUCUAACAAAAGCAGGGUAGUAAAGCACAGUGAACAUCAUAGGUAACACAAAUGGAUAUAGCCUAAUAUUAACUCGAGGUACACAAACAAUAAAAGCAUAUUUAGUGCAUAGUUUAAAAACUUGAACAUGUUAUACUGAAAAGACAUGCAUUUGGGAGAGUGAUGAACAUUUGCCAUCCAAUGUUUGGCACGAUUAUUCUCUCUCCUACGGGGGCUGAAGAUGUGAAAUAUGUAGCCGAGAUAGGCUGAUUGAAACAGUUACAUUAAGGGGAAAAUAGGAUGUUGAACUGGGCAAGUUUAAAGAAGUAAUGUCGAGAGUGCAUCCUGGCAGAAAAGGCAAAGGUUGCCGCAGAGGGGAAUGUGUCUAGUGACAUAGGUAUGUCACUGCAGUUACUCUUGGUGUCUGUUGCUGCUCAGCGUCUAAGUGGGGUAGUAGAAGCGCUGGGCUGAGGUGCUCUACUCCCGUCUGUAGAGUUUUGUGGGUGAAAGCCGGUCACCUUAUCCCACUUUCCAAAGGGAGGUGCAUGGGCUUCCAAUGUGCCAUGCAAGGUUAGCUGCAGAACGUUUUAUUUUUUAUUAACUUAUUUUGCAUUAUACAGCAACAAACUAGAGUGGAUAGGUAGCCUAAGGACUUUACGAUAUAAUAGUGCAGACAAUUUACAAUAAAUAUAAAAACAAUAUGUGCAAGGAAACACUCACAAGAUCAGAGCCAAUUGGAAACCUGGCUCUGGUAUAGAUGGUUUCAGGAUUUAUUUUAGGGUGAUCCUUAACCCUUCUGUGGCUGAUGGUGCAGUUUCCAAUAAAUAGAGAAGGAUCCAGAGGGUGGAAUAAAAAGAUAAAUUUAUUGAAAAAAAUUAUUAACAUAAAAAAAAAGUGAGCCAAUACGCGUUUCGCCUGUUGUGGCUUCCUCAGUCAGCUCUCCUAACCACUGUGCAGAUAAUGUUCUUAUAUAUGAUUGAUUGAAGUUCGCGGUAAAAUUCAUUUUGGAACGCACUCAUGCCCUAUAGUGUCAAGAAAACCGCUAUGUUUUCCUGACACUAUAAUGAUCCUUUAACUUAGGGAGCGCAAAAAGCAAGUUGCACGAGAGUACCAAGAACAGACAACAACUCAAUUAGCCUUCCCUUCGUUGGGUCCCCCUCUGAUCUCGAGAUUGUUUUAGCUCAUUUUAUGCAAUUACAAAAAUAACAGUUUCAACCUUGUUAGGCGUAGUCAGUGAGUGCAUUUUGGAUUUGUUCUGCACCUUUGGGUGGAAUCAGUCUGAUAUGCAAAUGGUCUGGUUAUUUUUGUAACUGCACAAGAUGAGUUAAAACAAUCUUGAGAUCUGAACGGGGACCCAACGAAGGGCAGGCUAAUUGAGCUGUUGUCAGUUCUUAGUACUCUCUUGCAACUUGUUUUUUGCUCUCCUUAAGUUAAAUGGGCAAUCCAGAUUUUGACCCCUUGCUCACGGUGCCUAGAGGGAUCUCUGCUAUGCCUAGGAAGUACUUGCUAAAUUACUGCUAAUUACAGUACUGCCAUUCAGUGUCUCCACCCUCUGCAUGAAGACACUGAACUUUCCUCAUAGAGAUGCUGAUUGGCCAGGCCUGUGUUUGCCUUUUGCUGGCUGCGCCCCUGAUCUGCCUAAUUGAUAGUCUCUGCCAAUCCUAUGGGGAAGCAUUGUGAUUGGCCUACAAAAUCACUUCUGAUGAUUUCAGCAGGCAGUUCAGAGGCAGCAGCUGCAGACUUGAAUACAAGUAAGAAUUUACUAUAUUUAGAGGGGCUUGAUGUUGCUUUUUGACACUGUAGGGUCAGGAAUACAUGUUUGUGUUCCUGACCCUAUAGUGCUCUUUUAACCAAUUAACCCCUGAGCAGAAAAAAGUUGGAUGCGCCGAAACCCGAAAAUGACGUUUUCCCCCGAAUGACUUUAAAAGUUUUUUCCCUAUAAUUUUAUUAAUAUUAGACUUUUUAAUGAAUUAAUCUAAUUUGGAGAAACUUCACUUCUCUUUUAGUGGUCCCCCCUGCUUAAAGGACCACUAUAGUGCCAGGAAAACAAACUUGUUUUCCUGGCACUUUGUAGUCCUUAAGUCCUGGCCCCCCUCCCACUGGGCUGAAGGGAUUAAAACCACUAGAGCCACUUACUUUUCACCACUGCCGGGCUCCCUGAAGCUGGGGAACCCUCCUCCUGCCGACGUCAGCGCUGGAUGAGCCGUGCAUGCAUUCAAACUGCAUAUAGGAAAGCAUUACUCGAUGCUUUCCUAUGGACGUCAGUCUACUCAAUGUGGUUUUCAGUGAGAAUCGCGGAAGCUGCCUCUAAUGGCUGUCAGUGAGACAGCCGCUAGAGGCUGGAUUAACACUCAGUGUAAACAUAGCAGUUUCUAUGAAACUGCUAUGUAUUCAGCUGCAGGGUUAAAACUAGAGGGACCUGGCACCCAGACCACUUCAUUGAGCUGAAGUGGUCUGGGUGCCUAUAAAGGUCCUUUAAUGUUCCUUUCUCCCCUUCCUCUUUUUUAGUGUGUUGCUCCCCAGUCCCAUAGUGAUGUUGCUUCCCUCCUCCCCAGUCCCAUAGUGAUGUUGCUUCCCUCCUCCCCAGUCCCAUAGUGAUGUUGCUUCCCUCCUCCCCAGUCCCAUAGUGAUGUUGCUUCCCUCCUCCCCAGUCCCAUAGUGAUGUUGCUUCCCUCCUCCCCAGUCCCAUAGUGAUGUUGCUUCCCUCCUCCCCAGUCCCAUAGUGAUGUUGCUUCCCUCCUCCCCAGUCCCAUAGUGAUGUUGCUUCCCUCCUCCCCAGUCCCAUAGUGAUGUUGCCUCCCUCCUCCCCAGUCCCAUAGUGAUGUUGCCUCCCUCCUCCCCAGUCCCAUAGUGAUGUUGCCUCCCUCCUCCCCAGUCCCAUAGUGAUGUUGCCUCCCUCCUCCCCAGUCCCAUAGUGAUGUUGCCUCCCUCCUCCCCAGUCCCAUAGUGAGUCCCCAGAUGUUGCCUCCCUCCUCCCCAGUCCCAUAGUGAUGUUGCCUCCCUCCUCCCCAGUCCCAUAGUGAUGUUGCCUCCCUCCUCCCCAGUCCCAUAGUGAUCUUGCCUCCCUCCUCCCCAGUCCCAUAGUGAUCUUGCCUCCCUCCUCCCCAGUCCCAUAGUGAUCUUGCCUCCCGCCUCCCCAGUCCCACAGUGGUCUUGCCUCCACAGUCCCACAGUGAUCAGAUUUUGAGAAUAUUUCUGGCAGUGCACAGCUCUCAUUAUGAAUGAAAAAGAAGGUUUAAGCACCAUAACCACUACAGCACACAGUGGUUAUUGUGCUGGAAUUUCCCUGGAGUUCACCCAUUAUAAGCAGUUCAUAUAUUUUCAAACCUUUACAUGGUCUCCUUGGUGCCUGAGGUCUCUUCCCUUUCUCAGAUAUAGCGAAAAGUGAAGUUCUUUUUAACCUGCAUUAAUUACAUCCGUUUCUUCUUCUUUCUUUUCUUUUCUUUUCUUUUCUUUUUUUUUUUUUUGGGGGGUGACACAUUAUUUAACUGGUUGUUGGCAAAUACUCCUAGCCAUCAAAUUCUAUUCAAAGAUAUAGGGUAUUGAUCUCACUAAUGCAGAAGAGUGAAAAGCAAGGUGAUUUAAAAGAAUAUUUUGCUUCCGUAUAACUUUAAUCUCCGUGAAGUUAUGAGGGCAGGUAUUUCUGGGCACCAUCUUAUCUUCCGACGUUAAAUGGUUUUUCAACAGUUUAACCCUGAAGUUGAUUUUAUUAUUUUGUUUUUGUUAAAUCACUUUUAGGCCCGGUUAAUUAUUAUUGCAUAUAUCUUUUUUAAUGUUUUGCCCUGGCAAUGUGUGUUAUGGUAGGUAAUAUUUGUGUUUACCUGUGGAUUCUUAUUAAUUGAAGUCUACUAUGGUGCAUUGGUUUUGCACCAUAACUUGAUGUGUAGAUUGUUAUUGUAUAUUGAUUAUCCUGUUCUGCGACUUUCAUUUUAAUAUGAAUCACUAUCGAUAGCUUGUAUUAAAUUACCAAAUAUACUACUAGUUUUUCCAUGUUUUCAGAUUUAUAAUAUGUAUUUUAUUUCUCGUUUUAGGUGUAAUGAAACUUGUUGAAUGAAUUCGAGUUUCAUUAAAUUUACUGCUGGAGUCGUCAUUUCAGCUCAACUGAAGCCACUCUGUGGCAUACUUAACUUUUGAUCCAGGGAUUCCUUAGGAAUUGUGAACUCCUGGAGGUGUCCCUUAUUUCACAUUCACAGGACUUUAUUCAUCAUGGUGCUCUCACAGAGGCAACGAGACGAGCUGUAAGUGGAUUUAAAUUUUUAAUUUAUAUAUUUUUUUUCAUUUUAUUUUAAAUAUGCUGAGCCAAGUCAGACUUUGUUUCUGUAUAUUUGUAAAUGUGCCCGUGUUUGUGUCAAAAUUCAACAACCAAGAAAUGAAACAAUUGUAUUCCAAUCAAUACUAACCAGCUCAUGGAUCUGUGUGUAGUUUAAUUAAAUUUUGGUUUGUGUUUCUUGGAUUAUAAUUCAGAUUAGAUGGCAAGGCAUUUGUGUUCAAGAUUUGUAAAUUUGUGCUUUUCAUAUUGUGCGGAGAACUUUCCAUUAUCUCCAAUUAAUAUGGUACUCAUGAUGUUAUUCACUGUGAGUGUUCAUAGUAUUUCUGCUUGGUAUCUGACACUUGGAUCAUAUAUAUAUAUAUAAUUAUCUUGACAUGUAUGUAUGUUAUUUUCAAAGAUAAAAAUAAAAUUCUUAAAGGGACACUAUAGUCACCAGAACCAUUACUAUGUAAUGUACUGGUGUAUAUAGCCUGCCCCUGCAGUCUAUUCAAUAUAAACAAUGCCUUUUCAGAAAAAUGCAAAGGUUACAUUGCUGCAUAGUAACACCUUUGUCACUCAAACGCAAUACCCACCCAAUGCUUUUCUAUAGGGAUGCAUUGGAUUGGCUGAGACCAUCAGGAUUCAAGCCAAUGGAGAUGAGGCUAGCCUUGGCUAAACUGUUGCAACGUGGGAAAAUAGGAGAGUUAAAAACAUCUUUUCCAUGCUAGUUAAAGGACCACUUCCGCUUAAUGAAGUGGUCUGGGUGCCUGGUCCAGCUAGGGUUAACCCAUUUUUUCAUAAACAUACCAAUUUAAGAGAAACUACUAUGUUUGUGAAUGGGUUAAGCCUUCCCCUAUUUCCUCUAGUGGCUGUCUCAUUGACAGCCGCUAGAGGCGCUUGCGUGCUUCUCACUGUGAUUUUUUUCACAGUGAGAGCACGCAAGCGUCCAUAGGAAAGCAUUAUGAAUGCUUUCCUGUGUGACCGGCUUAAUGCGCGCAGCUCUUGCCGCGCGUGCGCAUUCAGCCGACGGGGAGGAGAAGAGGAGGAUCGGAGGAGAGCUCUCCGCCCAGCGCUGGAAAAAGGUACGUUUUUACCCCUUUCCCCCUUCCAGAGCCGGAUGGGAGGGGGACCCUGAGGGUGGGGGCACCCUCAGGGCACUAUAGUGCCAGGAAAACGAGUGGCACUAUAGUGGUCCUUUAAGGUGCCCACACGCUCGCUGACGCAUGCAUCCAAAGAGGCGUGCAAUCAGACUGAGGUGUGCGCUCUCGCACAGGGACACACAAGUGCUCGCAAACAUAGGGACUUAUGCUCUCAAAUGAAUUGUUUUAUUACGUUUUUAGUCCACCCAGCCUCCCUACCUUUGGGAGAGCUGGAGUGUAUCCUAUGCCUGAGGCCCAGUGUAGCUGCUGUCCCCUUUCUGUUCUUCUUGGUCUGCUCCCUCAUGCACUGUUUAGUUAUGCCUAGGCCAGAGUGAUAUCAUAUUCCAGCUGCCGGCAUCACAGCAGGGUGCUCAAGGGAGAAGAACGAGAAGAUUACAGCUCCCUCUGAUGCCCACUUGCUUCUUCUCUUUUUCAGCCGUCUGUCCACCUCUACUCUCCUCUUGUUGUCCUCCCACCUCUACUCUCCUCUUGUUGUCUUCCCACCUCUACUCUCCUCUUGUUGUCUUCCCACCUCUACUCUCCUCUUGUUGUCCUCCCACCUCUACUCUCCUCUUGUUGUCCUCCCACCUCUACUCUCCUCUUGUUGUCCUCCCACCUCUACUCUCCUCUUGUUGUCCUCCCACCUCUACUCUCCUCUUGUUGUCCUCCCACCUCUACUCUCCUCUUGUUGUCCUCCCACCUCUACUCUCCUCUUGUUGUCCUCCCACCUCUACUCUCCUCUUGUUGUCCUCCCACCUCUAUUCUCCUCUUGUUGUCCUCCCACCUCUACUCUCCUCUUGUUGUCCUCCCACCUCUACUCUCCUCUUGUUGUCCUCCCACCUCUACUCUCCUCUUGUUGUCCUCCUCCCACCUCUACUCUCCUCCUGUUGUCCUCCCACCUCUACUCUCCUCCAACCGCCUUCACUAUCCAUCUGCCGGCCACCUCGUGGUCUUAAUGGGCUUACAAACACCCAGGUGAUUUGAAGUGGUUAUGGUGGUUGGAUUCUGUAUGUGCAGUGUUUCAGCUUGAAACAUUGCACGUACUGAGAUACGUGUAAUUGUGUGCUGGAGGAUAGUUGUACACAAGGUAUUGCUGAAGAGAAACUGGUUUUGUUUUGUAGAUUUCAUUAACAAGACACUGGUACAGGGUAACACUUUGCAAUUUAGUCAGCAUAUACAUAACUAUAGUAAGGGGGAGGGGGGAGGGAGAAAGGAUGCAUGCCUGUUAACCAUAUAUUUAGGAAAACAACUUAUAAACCGCAAGACCAAAGAUCAAGUGAUUUGUUUUUCUUGAACCCCCAAGAUGGCAUAAUUUAGCCUAUAAACACUUUUUGAUGUAAUGUGGUUUUUUUGUGUGUGUUUUUUUUAAUAUAUGGUGCAUGAUAUUGCAUAGAGGCAAUGAUUCUACUCGCCAGAACAUCUACAUUAAAGAAGCACUAUAUGGUCAGGAACACUAACAUGUAUUCCUGACCCUAUAGGGUUAAAACCACCAUCUAGCCACCUUAGUCCCCUCAUGCCUCUCUAAAUAUAGUAAAAUCUUACUAGUAUUCAAGUCAGGAGCUGCUUGCUUUGUCACGGUUUCCUUUUGACCUGCCUGCUGACAUCAGAAGUGGUAGCCUGAUCCAAUCACAAUUAGGGAUCGACCGAUUAUCGGUCUGGCCGAUAUUAUCGGCCGAUAUUUGGUAUUUUCGGCAAUAUCGGUAUCGGCCAAUUCAGAUACCGAUAUUGCCGAUAAUAUAUAACAGGACCGCCGGGCCCAUUACAAGCCCGGCGGUCCUGUGGGGGCCAGCAGCAAGCGCUGACUUACCUUGCAAGCAGCUCCUUCAGCUCUCUGUGUAAAUCUUGCGAGACCCGCGGCCGCAGCGCGUUGCCACGGGUUACCAUGGCAACGCUCCGCGCGGCACUAAGAGCCGCGAGAUUUACACAGAGAGCUGUAGGAGCUGCUUGCAAGGUAAGUCAGCGCUUGCUGUUGCUGAGCCACCACUGUACUUAAUAAGCCACUGGACCACCAGAUAAUACUAUAUCCCCCUCCCUGGUAAGAAGCAGAGAGGGGGGACUAAACAAAAAAAACACAUUUAAAUACACACACUGCACACAUACUGCAUUACAUACACACUACUCAGACACACACACUGCAUUACACACACUACACAAACACACACUGGGGGGGGAACUAAACAAAAAACAAAAACAUUUAAAUAUUAAAAAAAAUAUUAAAAUAAAAAACACAAAUUACAUCACUACACAAACACACACACACACUGCACACACUGCAUUACAGACACACACUACACAAACAUACUGCAUUACAUACACACUGCACAAACACACACUGCACAAACACACACUGCACAAACACACACUGCACAAACACACACUGCACAAACACACACUGCACAAACACACACUGCACAAACACACACUGCACAAACACACACUGCACAAACACACACUGCACAAACACACACACAUUGCACAAACACACACUGCACAAACACACACACAUUGCACAAACACACACACAUUGCACAAACACACACAAAAACACUGCAUUAUACACACACUGCACAAACACACACAAAAACACUGCAUUAUACACACACUACACAAACACACACUCUGCAUCCACUACACACACACACACACACACACACACACACACACCACACACCACACACACACACCACACAAACACACACACCACACACAAACACACCCUGCAUCCACACACACAUCCACCACACACACCUCCAUCCACCACACACACACCACACAAACACACACCUGCAUCCACCACACACACACACACCACACAAACACACACCCUGCAUCCACCACACACACACACACACCACACAACACACACACCUGCAUCCACCACAACACACAUACACACCACACAAACACACACCUGCAUACACACACACACACACACACACACACAAACACACACCUGCAUCCACUACACACACACACACACACUCUGCAUCACACUACACAAACACACACAGUUCCCCUGUCUAAACACACUUCAUCCACUACAUGUGGCAUGUAUAUUUUGUGCAUUUACCUUUCGAAUUAGUUUAUUUAUUCAAAAUAGUAAAUGUACAGAAUAUCGGCAAGAUAUCGGCUAUCGGCCUGAAAGUUUGCAGAUUAUCGGUAUCGGCUCUAAAAAAUCAAUAUCGGUCGAUCCCUAAUCACAAUGCUUCCCCAUAGGAUUGGCUGAGAUUGACAAAGAGGCAGAUCAGAUGCAGAGCCAGCCCAAUUCAAACACAGCCCUGGCCAAUCAGCAUCUCCUCAUAGAGAUGAAUUGAAUUAAUGAAUCUCUGAGGAAAGUUCAAUGUCUGCAUGCAGAGGGAGGAGACAUUGAAUGCUUGGAUGCUAUCUGAGUGGCCAGUGGAGUUAUCACUAGGCUGUAACGUGAACACUGCAUUUUCUCCUAAAAGACCGUGUUUACAGCAGAAAACCUGAAUGUAAUGAUUCUACUCACCAGAACAAAUUCAAUAAGCUGUAGUUGUUCUGGUGACUAUAGUGUCCCUUUUAAAGAGGUGUUUUGUCAUCACUCCCCCUUAAAAUUGCUCAUAUAAUGAAAACCGAUAGAUUUGUCAUUUUAUUUGUGGCUUGUUCUUGUUUGUGAACUAAUAGUUGGCACCAGGAAGACUUCUAUUUCCUUGUUAAUAGUAUUUUGUAUGUAACAUUAGAAGAGCAGUCCAUUAUAGUCAAUUGACAAAAUUCCCUUUGUGUCAAACUGCUUGAAAAACUAAGGGUGCCCACAGCACCUGUGGCCUAGCCCCCUCACAGCAUACUGCUUGUGCAGAAACUCCACUUGUUUGUACAUUGGCUAAGUAUGUAAGCAGAUAAACCAAUGAAUGCCACCUAACUUUGAAUGGGAUUAACGUUGCUAAUGCAGGCAUGUAACAUCUGUAGUAAAUGUGAUAGAGAAAAGGAGUAGAGGCACAGGUAGUUACAAUACCAAAAGGAUUGAAAAUAAAAUUUCUCCCGAGCUGUAGCUCCUCCCACUGUAGUUCCAGCAGCCUAAACAAAAUAAACAUAGAAAAAGAGGUCUGUGCUUCCAGUUGUAGUGUGCACCAAUGUGCUACCAAGCCUUUAUUUGAAGGACCUAAAAGACAGGCAAACGUUUCAGGCACAAGCCCUUCUUCAAUGCAAAUGUAGUAAAUAGGACUUUUUGUGUAGUAAACCUUGUCUACCUGCCCUAACUCCUUUUGAUGAACUACAAAUUCAUUCUGAUAUGGGCCUAUUUUGCAUGUCUAACCUGUAUACAUCUGGAUACUGAUGUCUUGAGAUAUGGAACCUGCAUACUUGUACUUGUUUCAACAUGCUUUUGAGAAAUAUAGUGGUAACUAACAUUUUGUGUUUUUGAAAUUCAGUGGUGUCUGUAAAUAUUCAUGUUAACUUUUUUUAAGCCAUUUCUUAGUGAAUGACAUGCUCUACAUAUCCUGCAAAAAUCUGGUGGGCCACAUUUCCAGACCCCACCUCUGCACUCACUGGUCAUGGAUCUACAUUCCGAUAGUCAUGUAAUGUCUUUUAAUGUCACAUGUAAUGUGAAAUUUUGUUUGUCAUGGUUGUGACUGUAGCACGUCUCUGUGCAUUGAAUUUCUGAGAACGACAAAUGCAGCUUGAUUGAGAUAUGACCAUGAGACAUAAAAAAGAACAAACCGAAGACCAAAGUUAAAAUUGCUGAGGGAAAAAGAUCGAUAACACAUAUCCCAUAUCCACACAUAGGAGCAGUGAAGAACUGAAAUCCUGUCCGGUCCUAUAUACAGAAACAAUACAGCAGAUUGUUACCUUUUGAUCUUUGUCAGUGAAGUGUAACUGAUGCUCCUCCAGGCAUGGCGAAUAACACUUUUAGGGAUAUGCUAGGUAAAUGCAAAUAUUUCAGAACAAAAUGCAUAGCUAUUUUGAGAACGGCAAAAUCUUGCCUUUUGAUUAGUCUAUGAUCUGGUUGUAAUCACUAGUCUUUCUAUAACUUGUUAGAAAUGUUAUGGUUUGUGAACAUGUAUUUUUGUAAAUGUAUAACUAAAGUUUAGGGUUGCUGAAGACCCAAAUAGACGAAAUCUUGCUGGUGAAGGUAGUUUUUAAAGGGGUAAAGAGAAACCCGAACAUUAGAAAUUCAAACUUGUAUUUAUAAACCUAAAUUUUGUUUCUGAUUUAGGUUUAGUGUCCCUCCUUUACAAGGAGCACAAGCACCUAAGAAGUAAUGUAAACACUGCAAUUUCAAAGAGAAGGCAGUGUUUAUAAAGGAGAUGGUGCCAGGGACAGGCGCUUUACAUUUAUUAUUAUUUUUAUUAUGUUUGUUUGCACAUAUUUGAAAAUACACAUGCCAUUCUGUUCAGAUCUCCACCUCAGUCUCUUUCAAAACCCAUGCAAUGGUUUUGAUCAUGUGGUCGGUGGCAUGGGCACAAGAUUUACGCAGUCCUGUUAAUAAAACUUAUCAGGUUACCAACAGUCUGUUAUCAGUUUGUCAUGCCAAAAGCAUGAGUUGGUGUUUGAUGUGUGUUGAUAUAUGUUAAGAGUUGUUUUUUUGUAAACCCUGGGAUGACAUUUAUUUUGGUCUUUGAUCUUGCACCAGGCCUAGACCAUAAAACAUCUAGAUAGCCAUCACCAGAGCUGGACACAAGGAAUUGCAUGGAGUGGGCAAUAAAAUGCCAGACAAACCCCUCUGAUUCUCCCCCCUCCCCCCCUCCAGGGGUCUGCCCACUGAGAAACCACUAGUUUAGGUAUAUAAUGAGGGUGCUGAACUAUCCAGGGAGUUCAUUUUUUUUUUCUUUGGUCAUCAACUUCUAGGAGAUCUAUACCAUCUAAGACUCCCACAAGAAUUCUAGAUGGGGUAAAUACAUGUAAGGAAUUUCUUGUGUUUUCUCCUAUUUUAUUGUAUGUACUGUUUUGCAAUUUAUCUGUAUGUCAUUUAUUUCUGUAUUUUGUACUCAGCACUGUGAAUCUUUUUUGUCAGAUUAAAUGUUUACUUAAUCAGCUUGUGUUUCUGUUCUCUGAGCUUCACUCUCCAGAGCAAAGCUCAGGUAAACACGUUACCAAAAAGGGUUAAUUAUGUGUUUGAUCAGUAAAAGUAUAACUGUGAUUCUAUAAUUCUCCUGUGUGUGGGGUAACCUAAGACGCCCGGGUUUAAAAGUCUUGGUGGUGGCAGUAAAGUGUGUACUGGAGGGUUAGUGUAGUAGGGAUUGCAAGGGUUAAUUGAGUGGUUGCUGGGACUAGCAACAGGUAACCAGGGGUCUGGUGUCAUUAACCCUGUCACUGCCACACUCUCGCCACUGUCUCGGCUGAGCCUAUAGCCCACGCUCGUGACACAGUUGUAGUAUAGUUUUUGCCUGCAUUUUCAUUUGUUUGACUAGUCAGAAGGAACCUUUUAGGUUCCAGUGUGCUUUCACACGGAAAAAAUAGAGCAAUUGGUCAAGGAAGAACUGAUGCAUGUCAAAUGUAGUUGUUGAGCUGAAAAAGACUUUAUGAAUUGGAGUACUUUUUUUGCUAAGCUUAAAUGAGCACUAUGGAGUCAGGAAUACAAACAUGCAUUCCUACACCCACUAGUCCCCCCUGGCCGCCCACGGGAUGCCGGCCCCGGGGCCAAACGGAUUCGCGCGUGAGGACCUGAACAUCGUCUCGUACAACGUGCACGGACUGAACACCAGGGAGAAACGGACGAGACUACUACGAGACCUAAAACACUACAAGGCGUCGGUAGCCUUCCUGCAAGAAACCCACUUCCAAGAGGGUAGAGCACCAGCCCUGAAAGACCGAAACUUCCAAGUAGGAUACUUCAGUAACAACCCCGUAAAGCGCACGCGAGGAGUAGGCAUUCUUUUCUCCAGACUUCUCCCCUACGCGGAGAAAGCUACCAUCAGGUGCGAACAAGGUAGAUACAUUUUCACCAAAGGCACAAUCCUGGACCAAACAUACACAUUCGCCAACGUGUAUGCCCCGAACACAAAACAACACCAAUUCCUUGGACGCGCACUGAACACCUUGAUGAAAUUCACAGAAGGCACCCUAAUAAUCGGUGGAGAUCUGAAUCUGGCACUACACCCGGACCAAGAUUCCACUUCCCCGCAAGGCGCAACCCCACACAACAGACACGCGAAUACACUGCGCCUCCUCCACCACCACCAAUUGGCGGACUGCUGGCGGGCUUUGCACCCAACGGACCGCGACUACACCUUCUACUCAAGGACCCACGCAACAUACACAAGGCUCGACUACUUCCUCACACCACAUCAAAACUUGACCCUGCUCACCACCGCAGAGAUCCUACCGAUGACAUGGUCGGACCAUUGCCCGAUCCGCAUACGGAUGAAGUCGCCGCUGUUUAGACCCAAACAAAUGUCGUGGCGGCUGAACGAAUCGCUCCUAUCUGACACGACAGUGGUAGAUAAAAUCAGCGACUCCAUACGAACAUACUUCGAGGAAAACGAAACCGACGACGUGACGCCACUGACAUGUUGGGAGGCGCACAAAACUGUGAUCCGCGGCCAGAUUAUCGCAAUCAGCGCAUCCCGCAAGAAGACAGCGAUACAAGCGAUCCUCGACCUCAGCCGGGACAUAGCAGCCCUGGAGGCAAGACAUAAACGCACCCUGGACGCGACAACGUAUGGGGACCUGGUAACCAAAAGAGGUCAACUCACCACACAUCUCAAUCGCUCAAUACAACGCUCAUACCAACACUACAAACACAUGAUACAUGAACACGGGGACAAAUGCGGGAGGCUACUAGCAAACCUCCUCAAACAACGCAGGACCCAACUCUACAUCCCAAAGAUCAAGGACGCAAGACAGCAACUCAAACACCGGCCAGACCACAUAUCCGCAGCAUUCCGAGCCUAUUACCAGAACCUAUAUAACCUCCGCCAAGCAGCCCAGGAGCCCCACGGACAAACAUCAUUGAAAAUAUCAGGGUAUACCUGGACUCCGCGAACGUGCCCGACAUAGGUGACAUAGCACGAGAAGCAUUAGAAGCACCUAUAACACCAGAAGAAAUAGCGUACGCCAUCAAAAGAGCGAAAACAGGCAGAGCACCAGGACCGGACGGCCUUCCCCUCCAGUAUUACAAAACAUUAACACACGUUACGACACCGAAACUCCUGGCGGCACUUAAUUCCAUCCAAGAUGGGGCCACACCGACGGCCCAAUUCACCUCAGCCAACAUCACCCUACUCCCGAAGGAAGGGAAGGACCCAACACUGUGCCCCAGCUACCGCCCGAUAUCUGUGUUAAACACGGACCUCAAGCUCCUCGCAAGCAUCCUCGCGACCAGACUGGCGCCACUGCUCCCCGCGUCAAUCCACCCAGACCAAACAGGAUUCAUCCCAGGCAGGGAAGUGAGGGACAACACCAUCCGGGCCCUGAACAUCAUAGCCCACGCCAAAACGCAAAAGACACCGGUACUACUCCUGUCAACAGACGCGGAAAAAGCGUUCGACAGAGUAGACUGGGACACGAUGUUUGAAACACUGCGACAAUUCGGCAUAGGGGCGAGAUACCUCAACUGGGUGACGGCGCUCUACACGAACCCGACAGCGCGGAUCAGGAUCAACGGUGCACUAUCAGACCCGUUCCACAUCCUCAACGGAACCAGGCAAGGAUGCCCGCUCUCACCCUUACUAUUUGCAAUGACGCUAGAGCCCUUCCUCAAUAAGAUCCGACAGAACGCAGACAUACAAGGAAUCAGGAUCGGAAACAUGCACCACAAAAUCCUGGCAUACGCGGACGACCUAUUGUUUGUGGUCACGAACCCUGAGACCUCCCUCCAGGCCAUACAGACAGAAUUCGAAGUAUACGGCCAACUUUCAAACCUCCAAAUCAACCACUCGAAGUCGGAGAUCCUAAACCUAACAGUCAACCACGCGCUGAGAACAACGAUCCAGAGACAACAUCCAUACCGCUGGUGCGACCACAGAAUGCGAUACCUGGGGGUCUGGCUCACGCCCAACCCAGCGGACCUAUAUGCGCAAAACUACCUCCCAAUACUAAAAAAGGCGACGGAGGAACUACACAACUGGAACUCCUACUACAUAUCAUGGCUAGGAAGGGUAAACGCGGUCAAAAUGACGCUUCUCCCCAAACUAUUGUUCAUAUUUCAAACAGUUCCAAUAACAGCCCCACCAUAAUUUUUCACGGCACUGAAAACGGAAGUCCGCAAAUUCAUAUGGAAGGGCAAGUCCCCCCGAGUAGCACAUGCCCAACUAAUCCUGCCCAAACUCCGUGGGGGACUGGCACUACCGGACUUCGAAAAGUACUAUCAAGCGGCACACCUCAUGAGAAUCAUCAGUUGGACGGUGGCCAGCGGCACGAAAUUGUGGACCCAACUGGAAUCAGACACGACCAACUGCGACCUCAGGACGCUACCCUGGAUCCCAAAAGCAACAUACAAACACAAACACAUCAACAACCCAUUCGUGGCGGCCACCAUGCAAGUCUGGCACAGACAGGGCGCAAAACAAUAUCUGACGACAGACCCCGGCCCACUUCUCCCCUUGAGAGGCAACCCAGACUUCCCGGCAGGGGACAUGGGCCCAACCCCGCACCCAAUAGGACACAAGCCAAUCAUCCGCAUGAAGGACAUCCUCCAGAACCCCUUUGACAUACGACCACUGCACGAACUAUUCCCAGAUAGACCUCUUACCUUCAUGCACACACUCCAGAGAGCGCAAAUGACACAAUACGCCCGAUCCAUACCUCAGAAACCAUCCCUCCUGAGGGACCCAACAUCGUUUGAACACCUCUGUAUGCAAGACAAGGAACCGCCACGGGCCAUAUCACAGAUCUACUCGACCCUAAUCACGAGCAGAUACAUAUUGGCACCCCCAUGCGUCAGACAGUGGGAGGAAGACCUAGACGAACCCAUGACAGAGGCAGAAUGGGACACACUCAUCACCUUAAUACAGAAAACACCGGCCUCAGCACGCCUACAGGAGAAUUCCUACAAAAUCUUCACCAGGUGGUACCUGACGCCAUCAAGGCUCCAUGCAAGAAACCCAGAGAUAACUGACACCUGCUGGAGAUGUGAGGAAGCAGUGGGUACGUUCACACACAUCUGGUGGGAGUGCCCCAAGAUCCGUCCAUAUUGGGAGACGAUCAGGCAAACUAUACACGAAGUAACAGAUGAAUUAUUGCCAGAGACCCCGGUCGCCUUCCUCCUACACAAAACUACAAUGCCAACACAGGCAUACAUCAGAUCCAUCAUCCCCAGACUACUAAACGCGGCCAAGGCGACCAUCCCCAUCUAUUGGAAGCAGUCCACUGCACCCCCACUGAGACGCUGGGUAGAAGAAGUGGAAGCGACGCGAAAAUUCGAAGACAUGAAAGCCGUCACCACGCAACAAAGGGACCGCUACUCACAACGCUGGUUCUACUGGUUACACCACACUGCGUCUGACCCCUUCCAAAGUCACCUAGCAGCAAACACCCCCGAGAGGAACGAGCGAGAGGAGGCGGGCCCGAGCGGGGAGCCGAGAAGCCCGGGGGCUGAGCGGAACGGGGCGGCGACAGGGGACUAGAUAACAGACCACCAACCCACAACCCCCUCGCUCACUCACUUAGGACACGACCACACACACUAACACUCAAGACAUCGACCUUAGGCAUAAGAGAGGGUCACAUUACCGGACUCAGGAAACAGAGACACAUAAUAUUACACCAACCACCGGCUAAGGCGACACCCGCAAGAUACACCAGCCGCACACAACACAAACACCAGGGAAUAUAUAGAGGAACUACAGCGAAUAAGCACGGAUAGAACAGGAUGAAACAGCGUAACACAAAUGCCCCCACACUACCGACAAGAACACAGGAAACACGGGCCGCAAUAACAAACCCACUCGAAAGCUGUGCUGCCCAUGAGACCGCAACAGACCUGGCACAACACACGACAACAAGCAGGAAAAUAGGACGAGACAGCAGGGGCCACAAAUGAGACGUGUGGGAAAGACACCGACUAAGUGACUGCAGUCCAGUAGCCCGAGACGCAAUAAGCACCCACAACACAUACCAGCUCAAUACCUCAACACACACAGCCCUAGGAACGGGUUGAGCGCACGCGGCGCAGGCAAAAUCCACUAUAGAUGUGAUAAAAAAGCGCUGCGACAUGUGACAAGUCCUAAAACAAGCAUCAGAAUAUGCACCACACUCAUCAAACACACACACCAGUCAGACCAUACACAGCACGCACACUAUGAUAGCUAAUAAUUAUAUUACAUUAUAUAGUUAAAAGUAAAAUACUCGAACCGCCUCUGCGCAGGCACCUAAACGACACAUCUGCUGCAAUGUGAAACGAGCCUCUGCGCAGGCAGCGAAACGCUAUGAUAGAUACACAGUGACACAAGCCUCUGCGCAGGCAACUAAACGUUAUGUUAGAUGCAAUGAAAAAACGCCUCUGCGCAGGCAACUGAUUGUUCCGAUCACCGCAACGAGAAACACGCCUCUGCGCAGGCAACCGACUGUAAUGUUCAAAUACAAUCGUAAACCACGCUUAUGACAUGAUACCAAUAAAAAUAUUUAAAACAAACAUGCAUUCCUGACCCUAUUGUGUUAAAAACACCAUGUAGUCCUCGUGUGUGUGUGUGUGUAUGUAUCUUAAGGGGGCAGAGUCAGCCCUGGCCAAUCAGCAGCUCCUCAUAGAUGCAUUAACUAAGUACAUCUCUAUGAGGAAAGUUAAGUGUCUACAUGCAAAGGGAGGAGACACUGAAUGUCGACUACCACAGGAAGCACCUCUGGAAUCCAUCUGAGGAGUGGCCAGUGGAGGUAUCUCUAGGCUGUAAUGUAAACACUGCAUUUUCUCUGAAAAGAUGGUGUUGACUACAAAAAGCCUGAAGGGAAUAAUUAUACUCACCAGAACAAAUACAAUAAGCUGUUCUAUAGUGUCCCUUUAAUGUCCUGUAUCUUAGACCAGACUUAACACCUGAUAUAUUUUCACUGACUUUAGUAUGCAAGUUUUACAGAUUUUAAAUGAUCAACUUUGGGAAAAGUACACUCUAAGCACUUUAAUAAAUAGUGGUCCUUGGACAGGCUGUAAUGCACAUAAACUGCUAAUUUGUUUGCUCGUGCUUGGCUGCUCAUUUCUUGGGGAAUAAGAAAUUUUGCUGCAGCUAUAAGGUCAUAACCUUUCACUUAAUAUUGUGGUUACAUUGUUUUCUUGUGCAGGAUUCGUUUUUAUUUUUUAGUACCUUUUUCUAUAUAUAUAUAUAUAUAUAUAUAUAUAUAUAUAUAUAUAUAUAUAUAUAUAUAUAUAUAUAUAUAUAUAUAUAUAUAUAUAUAUAUAUAUUCACUGUGAAUGUUAUGUACUAUGCAUACCAUUAUUCCAUGGUAUUCUUUACAAACUGUUAUAUAGCCAGUUAUUCUACUGUUUUUGGGCACUGUACUUUCACACCGUGCUCUGUUAGUGUUUAAAUUAUAAAGCCAGGAACACAAACAUGUAUUCCUGACCUUGUAGGGUUAAAACCACCAUCUACCCAUGCUCAUUCCUCCCUAAAUAUAGUAAAUCUUACUUGUAUUCAAGUCUGAAGCUGCAGGCUUUGUGCCUGUUUUCUUUAGACCUGCCCACUGCCUGCUGACCUCAGCAGAAGUGGUAGUCUGAUCCAAUCACAAUGCUUCCCCAUAGGAUUGGGUGAGACUGACAAGGAUGCAGAUCAGGGACAGAGCCAGCACAAUUCAAACACAGCCCUGGCCAAUCAGCAUCUCCAUAGAGAUGAAUUGACUCAAUGAAUCUCUAUCAGGAAAGUUUAGUGUCUGCAUGCAGAGGGAAGAGACACUGAAUGUUUGGAUGCAUUUUAGGGAGCCACGAACCAGGAAGGAUCUCUAACAGACAUCUCAGGAGUGGUCAGGGAAGUUAUAUCUAGGCUGUAAUGUAAACACUGCAUUUUCUCUGAAAAGACCGUGUUUACAGCAAAAAGCCUGAAGGUAAUGAUUCUACUCACCAGAACAAAUACAAUAAGCUGUAGUUGUUCUGGUGGCUAUAGUGUCCCUUUAAUUAUGGGAAUUAUUUAUAUUGUGACCAUAUGUUCUGCUGCACUUUAAAAUUAUACAAAGGAAUUUGUCAAGUAAUUGAAAUACAGAGACAAGAUGUGAAAAUAGCACUGCUCAAGUGUUUACAAUCAGAGAAAUUGAGGUUGGCAGAUAUAUAUCGUUGGAUAUUACCUGUUCUAACCCGCCUUUAUUCUGUCCUGUGGCUGUUUAGCUGUUUCCACAUUUCUUAUGUUUUUAUUUAUUUUAUUUUUUUUGUGUAAGUUUCCUAUGAAUAUACACAUUUUUUUGUUCAGUGAUAUAACCUUUAUGUCCACCACUUUUUAUUUGACUGUCUUCUGAAAUUCAAAAAAAAAAUUUCUCUCCCAAAACUUGUUAAAAUUUCCUGUGAAGAAAACGGUCGCUUUUUCGAACAAAAUUAUGAUCAAUAUGAUGCACUAUUUAACUAUUUUGUGUGUUUCUAUGCAGUAUGUUGCUUAAUAAGUUUUCUUAGUGUGGAUUAGAUUUUGGAUAUUUUGAUUUUAGAUUUUUUUUUUCUUCUUUAAAGGAAUACUAUAUUAGGAACACAAAGCUGAGUGUCCGUCUGACAGUGUCCCUCUGUCAUUGGAAAUGCAAAGUGUGAGGACGUCCAUCGAUUCACUGAAUUAAACUCCAUGAAACAGCAGGCAGUACCUCUAGUGGCUGGCUUGUAGAAAGCCACUAGAGGCAAUCUUCACCCUUUAAAACUGAAAUAGUUCACCUGCGUGGACAGGAAUAGUGGGACAGGAACAGCGCAGCCAGACCACUUCAAUGAGAUUGAGUGGUCUGGGUGCCUAUAGUAAGCCUUUAAAAGUUCUUAUCUAUAGACUUAAAAUAUGCAAUUUUAUAUCUACUAAAACUACUAUACAAAGCUAAAAUAUAUAAUUAUUAUAGUAAUGCACAUGUCCAUGCUAAGCUCUGUUUCUCAUACACAUUAAAAGACCAUUGCUCAAUUUGCAGGAGCAGUUUUGAGUCUCCAGAAUAUUUACAGGAAUCCUGCAAAUUGUGAGAGGCAAGUUGCGAUUCUUAGGAGAGUCCAAAAAACUGUUAUACAGAGGUCUAUUGGAUUAAUACUUCCCACUGCCCAACCUAGGACAUGAUCAGCCAAUCAUGUUCUAAUGCUGUUGACCCUUUUAUAGUGCUUUUGUCCCAUAAAUGAUUGAACUGCAGAGCCUUCUGGGCAGAAUAGAGGGUUCUGCGAGCUGUAGCUCAGUUAUCAGCUUUUCUUUUUUUGUUUUUUUAAUGAAAGCUGUUGCAUUAACUGCAGCCUACUUGGCUAUGAUUCCUGGUAACAUUGUCCAAAUGUGUUGUAUAGUGCAGUUUAGAAUGGAAGGACUCUAAAAGAUCUGUACAUAUGUACAGUAUCCAGCAAGGAGGAAGUAUAUUCUAGUGUAAGAAUUAGUGUUAAGAUGUAGAAAAAUACAAAACAUUGUAUUUUUGCUGGAAAAAAAAUCAGAUUUAGCAUUUUAAUAAAGCCAAUUACCAUCAAAUGCUUUAAAUCUCCUGACACAAAAUGGACACUCCAGACGAAAAAUGGAGUUUGUGUCUGGACUGUCCCUUUUUGCCUUCAUGUGAGUCUGUCAGAACAUAUUAGCCCCUUGCACAAUGUAAGGCUAAAUGUUUGCUCCAUAUAAAUUAUACUUGUUGAAUGUUUGUUUGGGGUGUUUUUUUGACUUUAACAGGGUGAUGGGCAGAAUGACUAGGUUUAGUUUUUCCAUUGAAUUCAUUAAUGCAGUCUUUGUGUCAGUUACUGUCUUGUGAUUUCAUGUCAUUGAAAAUGUUCAAAAUCUUAUGAAAUGGGCUUUAGUACAAACUUUUCUUGCUUUCAGAAAUCGGGCAAUAGCAGACUAUCUUCGUUCCAAUGGCUAUGAAGAGGCCUAUUCAGUUUUUAAGAAGGAAGCAGAACUAGAUAUGGUAAGGUUUUCAGCUAUAAGCAUUUGCAUUUAAGCUUGUACAGAUGUUUUUGUGUAAUGGGGGAUGAGGUACUAUUUUGUGUUUAAAAAAAUUAAGACAAUACUCUCAGGUACUGAUAAUGUCAUCCAAUGUUUUAUUGCAAACCAAUUAGUCAUAUUUAGUGCAAACUGUGUCACAAAGUUUCCCAUGUGCCGGCAUGAACAUUCACUAACUACCAUAUUAAACACCAAGGUUGCCAGUGCAGGUAAUGGAAAAAAUGGAAUAUAUACAAUGGGAAAGGCACCCAUGCUAAAAUCCCAAGGCUGGAUAAACCUCCUUUACAAACCAAAAACAUGCAAUUCUCAGUGGGUGCUGCUGUAAAGAUCAAAAUACACAAAUGCCAGUUUAUGGAACAAUGCACACAGUUUUACAUUUUAUAAGAUUACUUAAAAAUACCCAGCUUGACAAACAAAUAUGGGGAUUUGGUUACAUUAUAUGCGCACAUUGCAGAAGUGUUGCAGUUAGCAUGUUUAGCUCCCAUUUUCAUAUGACAAUGAACUUUACUUAGGCAGAUUAAAGGAAUACUCCUGGCAUCAUAAUCACUGCAACGCACUGUAUUGUUUAUAGUAAUUGGAGUGUUCCUUAAAUAUGUUCAAGUGCCAAAAAUAAAUAUUGGCUUAGAGCAUUGGUGUAUUCCGGUUGGCUCAUGAAGGCCACUGAAGGUUACUUCUCCAGCAGCAUGAGUAUGUGCAAUGAUUUUUAUUGAAACCCUUCCCAUAUAAAGUCCUUGCCCUAUGACCACUGCAAACAUUGAAGUGGUCUUGUUGCUUGGGAUAACCAUUUAAAAUUUGACUCCUCAUUAAUGUACUUCAGUAAAGUCUAAAAAUUUAGAUCUCGACUUAAGGACUGAGCCAAUUGUACAAAUUGUGAUCACAACAAAACAUAACGUGACUAUCAUCGUUGUGAUAUGUUUUACUGUUUUUAAAAACUAAUAUUUGUGUUCAGCGAAGCUUCCCGAGUAAAACCGUACCCUCCCAUGUACAGGUUUUAUGGUGUCCUGGAAAGUUACAGGGUUAAAUAUAGGGCUUGUGAGCCAAAUUCUCUGGACUUUCUGCCUGGGUUGUUGGGCAGGUCCCUCAGAAUGUAAGUAAUAAAAUGACUUAUAUAAAUAUAUUUUGUAGAAUUUGUGUGUGUGUAAAAAUAGGUUAUGGUGGGGAAAAAUUGUGAUUAAAAACCCCUUCCACCUGAAGUCUGUGGAUAGUUAAUACAAUGUUAAACAAAAAUCUGCACGCCAGUUCACUGGUUUUGCAUCUUUUCCUAUGUUGUGUUUCAAGCUGUUGUAUACAGCAAACACAGAUUAAAAAGGAAUCCAUGUUUAAAAUGGAAUGAGGCAAAAAUGUGAUUCUUUGUUAAACUAAUUUGCAUAUGCCCACCCAGAAUCCUUUGCGGUUGUAACAUCGCUGCAGUUUUGGGAUUUCUGUGGGAAAAGAAAGGCUUGACUGGUGUGCAGAUUUUUGUUUAACAUUGUGUUAACUGUAGUAGGAAACCUCAUGCAUGUUCAUGAUUGCAUUCCACUGUAUAUCCAUACUCGCGCUUAUGUGCUGUCAAACUUCUAAUACAUAUAUUACAUACAAAAUACAUUUAGAAUGAAGUUAUAAAUAUAUAUAUAUAUAUCUAUGUAUAUAUCUAUGUAUAUAUCUAUGUAUACAUAUAGCCAUAUAUAAAUGUAAUGUCAUCAUGAGUUUGUUGCAAAUUAACAAGUAGCUAAGUAAGGAGACCUAACGAGCAUUAUACUGUGUUAAGGCUGCUCUUACGUUUUAUUGUUUAAUAACUAUCUGGAGUCCCCCCCAUUGAACUUCCUAAAUAGAAUUCACAAUGAUACAUUUCUUAAAGUCAUGUUGAAAGCUUUUGCAUUCAAAAAUAUUGUCAAUUUCUGUGUCCCUCAGGAAAAUCCAAAAUGCUUGCAGUAGUGAAUGUAGACUUUGUAUAAAUCAAAAAGCCUUUUACAUUGUUUGAUAUUAAUGUCUUUUGUUUCUUCUCACCUUUUUUUAUUCCACAUGUCUCUUAUUCGACAGCUUAGGAAAGUUUGUAAUGGGCUGUGACUCAAGUUGAGUGACUAUGGAAAGUACUGUACCUGAAUGUGAAAUACACGUUUGCUACAUACAUAUAUCACAGUUAAAUAUAACACUGCAAAUGUUGUAGCCAACUAGGUAACUGUACUAGUUAGUUGACUUGUGCUUUUAAAACGAAAUACAGCUCAACUGAUUUUUUUUUUUUUUUUUUUUUUAAGUCGGCGCAUAGCCUGAAUUAUGUGUCAUAUUAACCGAUCAUGAAACAAAUUAACUGGGCAAUACACGAAACAUUUAAUUUGUUUUGCGGUUUAGAGAUCCUUUAUAUAUAUAUAUUUUUUUUUUUUGGCAUUAAAAAAAGGGGAUGGAGGCAGAUUUUUUUCAGUUGGUAUAUGCUGGUUGUAUAUGUAUAUAUGUAUGAUAUAUAUAUAUAUAUAUAUAUAUAUAUAUAUAUAUAUAUAUUUAUUUAUUUAUUUUGGGGGGGCACAGUCACUCACACUACAGGCUGGGUGGGAAAAGCGUUUUUCUUCUCAGAAUGGUAUGGGAGAAUACCAUUUUUCCUUUUUUUUUUUUUUUUUAAAUUAAAAGUACAUCCUGCUGCUCCUCCCUUUUUUUGUUAUUUUACAAUAUUGCUAAAGGAAAACUAAUCCCUUUUUUAAAAAAAAAUUUUUUGAGCUAUAAUAAUGAUGAUAUUGCAAAAAUGCCUCAUGUUGUUGUCGCCUAGGCAAUAUUAACCAUUUUUGCAUUGCCGUACACUAGUAUGUGCAUUUUAUAGUCACCUUGGUUGUCUGUAUUGUGUUUCCCAAAACAAUUGAAUGAACAAAAUUGUCUGAAACAAAUAUUUAAUAUAAACAAAGAGGGUCCAGCUCAGUAGUUUCUAAAACUUAACUUUUAUUGUUGCAAAUCUUUUAAAUGUAUGUGGAACACUUAAAGGACCACUAUAGUGCCAGAAAAACAAACUCAUUUUCCUGGCACUAUAGGGUCACUAGGUCCCCCUCCUGCUGUGCUGAAGGGAUUAUAAUAAAUAAUAAAAUAUAGAUUUGAAAGAAAGAACUAGUGUAUACUAGUUAUCCCACUCUUUGGUGGGGUUAUGCUCAUUUUUCAGCUAGUUCACAAAUAUAUAUAUAUUUAUAUCUUACUCUUAAGCACCCUUUUUUGUGUUUCAAAUAUUAAAGACUGAUCAGUUUGGAUAAGUAAAAAUUUUAUUUAUUUUUUUGCUGGGCACUUUUUCUCAUGUUCUCUCUAUUUUGUUUGUGUGGUUUAUUUAUUUAUUUUUUGUUUCCUCUUCUUUUUUCAGAAUGAGGAGUUAGACAAGAAAUAUGCUGGUCUCCUUGAAAAGAAAUGGACAUCUGUAAUCAGAUUACAAAAAAAGGUAUACCGUGUUUAAUUUAAUAGGUUUAUUUAGUAGUUUUAAUUAUUUUGUGAACAUGAAAAGGUUUGUAUAUGAUAUAGAAAACUGAAUAUAGCCCCACAUUUUGUUUCUUAUACAUUCUGUACUGUGGAUUGUGAUUUUUGUCAUACGAUUGUUUAUGCAGAAUAUAUAUUUUUUUAAUAUCCUUUAUAAAUGGCAUAAAAUAAAAGCUUUAUAUAUAACUUUAGAAUAAUCCACAUGUGACGGAAGAAAACAGGCCAUUGUAUUUUAGGGUGUUUAAAAUAAAAAUUUGUUUAAUUCUUUGAAACAGUAAUUUGGUGUAUUAUAUUGGUGAAUACUACAGUGGAUGAGUCUACAGUAUCUGGUAUAUUAGUGUGCAUUCUACACUCAUUUAGUAUUUUAAUACCCGGAUUUUGUUAUAUGUUGCAUCACCAGGAAAAAAGCCAUUAGGUUCAUUACAAAUACCACAAAACUCUAUGUUUGACCCCUCCCCUCUAUGGACCGUGUCUGAGAUACUGCAAGGAUAAAGAAUCCAUGUAAUCUGUAAAAUAUUUUAUUUUUCAAAUAUAUCUGUAAAGUUGAUCAAAUUAAAGUUUAGGCAUUUCACUUUUUGCAACAUCUAUAAGUAAUUGGGGUGUCUGAAUUUAGUGCCUGCUACUUAGCCAGGGUUUAAAAUGUUACGCUAAAUUUUAAUUUCUCUGUCUCUACCUAUCGAUCUAGAUGUUGGAGGAGUUUAUUCACAUCCAGUGUUAGGAGAGUUAGUUUCUCUUGCACUGCAUCACACUAAAGUCCAAUCAAAUGCUUCUCAUGAUGCAUUCUGAGCCUGGGAGGUAGGGAGUGCAUGCUGCCAACAAGCUAAACGAAACCUAUACAGAGUCCUUCCUCCAUGACCACUUCUAAAAGUGUUCAUGGAGACUGGAGUAAUCCUUUAAGAAAAUAAGCAGUCUACUCCCUUUUAUGUUUACAUCACAAAGUGAAUGUCUGUGGCAACUUCCUAAAAUUUGAGUAAUCAAAAGAAAUAAUUCAAUCUUUUCCAUGGUGACCGCUCCACUAUUAAAGCUUUGUACCAUAUUUUUAUUUAAUUUCUUUAUGCAUAACCCCCUAAGAAACAUAAUGAGUAAAGAAUUCUGUUCCUAUUUUUCAUGAAUCUAACAUUUUAAUGUGCAGAGGUUACUUAUGGUAUUGGCUUUAUAAAAGCUAUUUUUACUUUAGAUUCUUUGUCCUCAACAGAGAAUUUUUCCCCAUGAUGAAGUCAUGGUUUUAUUAUGUAAAGCACUUUUUGUUUUAUAAAGGACUUCAUGUGUAAGGCAUAUAUAAUUUCUCCAUGUAAACAGAAGAGAUCAACUAUUGAUGAUCAAACAAGCAAAUGUUUAUUUUUCUAUUUUGUCAGGUUAUGGAAUUAGAGUCAAAGCUAAAUGAAGCAAAAGAAGAGUUUACUUCUGGAGGUCCAAUUGGUCAAAAGCGAGACCCCAAAGAAUGGAUACCUCGCCCCCCCGAGAAAUAUGCUCUAAGUGGCCACAGAAGUCCUGUAACGCGUGUCAUUUUCCAUCCAGUAUUUAGUGUUAUGGUCACUGCUUCAGAAGAUGCAACAAUUAAGGUAAAUGUACUAACCUUUUGGGGAUGUGAAAUGUUUUGUGUGUGGUCUCUCAACCUAUCAGCGACUCUCAGUUCGACACUUUUUGACCUAAGCCUUGGACUAUGGCAGAAAGAGCUCGGUGGCAUUAAGUUGCUAUGGUGCCUAUAUUUUUUUUUUUUUUUUCUUCCUUUAAUCUGCGCCUACUUCGUCAUGCAUAUUGUCUUUUUAUGCAUGACUGAAAGUUGGAACAAAACAAAUCUGGCUAUAUAUAUCUAUAUCUAUAUCUAUAUCUCUAUAUAUAUCUCUUCUGUAUAUUUUGCCAGAUUUGUUUUUUGUUCCAACUUUCAGUGCCAGGUCUUUUCUAGACUUAAUUGAGCCAAUAGAUUUAUAUUUCAGCGGGACAAUCAAAUUUUUCAGGUCCUGUCCUGACUGUCACUUAAAAAAAAAAAAAAAAUAAGUGUAGCAUGAGCCCAUCUAUAGAAAUGAUCACUUAACAUUUGAGGGCACUAGGACCUCUGCAGGUAGUAUUGAAACUGUUGCCUCUGUAACCGUACGACAGUCAUGGUAUACCCUUUUGAUGUGGGAAGAGAGGGAGGAGUCCAUGAGGUGUGCUGUGCCGCCCUGCAGCGGCAAAGCCCACAUUUUGCAGUGCCGCAUAGUACGCAUUAAGGGGUUAAUGAAACUUAUUUCUAUUUUUAAACGUACAUUGAAAUUGAUGAAUGUUGGGCCACCCUCUGUUAUCUUUGUUUAAAGGCAAGAAGUGAAAAUUUGUUGAACGUUGUCCUUUUUGUGGAAGCCGUCUGUGACACGUUGCCUUGUUUUUCUGGCCAGGGGAUUGUACAGUUUUUAUUAUGUAGAACUGAAUCUAGCAUUCAAUUUCAGGAAAUUUAAUGCUAUACACUUGCUAUUGCUGGCACAAACAUUAAAUAUUAAAUGUUUAUUCAUGUCACUGCUUUCUUGGUACCUCAAGAUACAUUGACAUCUUAUCUCCAUUUUCAGUCUUGAGAAAAAUGUCAGCUAGCCUUUGUUUCUUUUGUAAAUGAUUGGUCUGGAAUUUGCUUCCCACUAAUUAAGAUGUGUGCUAAUCCAGAAGUCGAAUAAUAAUUGCUUGUCAUCACCUUUCAUGUCUGUGAGAUGGCGGGUUUGAGUUUCCUGUGUCACUCUGUUUCUUUGUUUUUGUGAAGGCAGUUUUCCACACUAGCAUCUUUCUUGCUGGCUGUCUCAGUAUGUGUUAAGCAGGUUAGUUUUGCAAUGGUUUUGAGGUUUAGUUUUUCUGGGUUUUUACUCAUUUUUCAUUUGAAAGCAACUUUGUUCCUAUAAUCAAAAAGUAAAACCUGUCAUGAACACAACUGUAUUCCCUCUGUAUGCAAAGGACAACUACUUGGAUACAUUGUAAUGUCAACCACUGGUCCUGUUUGCUUUUUAUUCUUGUAAGUGUGACACUCCUCAUUGUGUGACCCAUGUAACCAUCAGAGAGUAUGAUGACUCUUGCAUUUACCAGAACAAAGCUUUGUUCAUCUAGCAUGUGACUUUUUCUGCCAAGCUCUGCUGCGGCACAUUCUUUGCUUGCAUUUAUUUCCCCACCCAAAUCCUUCGGUGAGAUGCUGUACAUCUCAGUAUUGUUCCUUCUUAAGAAGAUGGGCUAGAAUUGACCCAUUACAUCCUCAUUAUGCUGUAUUUCUAUAUAGUAGAAAUGUGGGGAAGGCAAUUUUGACAAUUCAAUAAGGGAUUCAUUUAAAAAGGGAUCUGCUAUGGCUAGGUAAAGUGCACAAAAUAUCAUUAAAUUAUUGUAAAUAUGAAAAUAUUGUUUCAUUUUAAAUCUAAAAUUGUAGCUUAUUUUUUUUAGGACUUUUCUAUCCUUUUUUUUUUUUUUCUUAAGCUACAUAUAAAUCACAGAUAUUGUCAUGCAGUAGUAUAAUUUCACAGAUUAUGCCUUAUCUUGAAUAGAAAUCAUUAUCAACCUCAGUGUAUUCUUUGUAAAACAUGAAACAAAUACUAAUAUUUAGAACCUGAUGUGAUGUAAGUAGUCAGAGCAGGCUGAGGUGACUGAAAUAUUUCAGAUUAUCUGUUUUUAUGUAUUUAUCCUUUGUGGUAAUACAAGUAUAAAUAUGUCAAUGGAAGUGGUUGCAAACUAACAUUUUUAAGAAUUACAAUGUGAUUAUUUUUUAUUUCUGGGGGAGAAGAAAAACCUUAGAUAUUUAAGCGUGUGUGUUUUCUUUCCCAAUCUACAUUGCUCUUAUAGAUUUGCAUUUUUUUGUUGUUGCAAUUUUCAAUUCCAAUGUACAGUGAUAGUCGUUGAUAGACAAUGAAAUAAUAAAGGCAUAUUUAGUGAACAUUACUGUAUUACAGACAUUUCCCUGUAUUGUGUGCCUUAUAAAUUGCACAUCGGCUUUUUUAUAUUUUAAUACAACAAGUGGAGGUGCUGGGGUAGGGGAGGAGGGGGUAGAUAGAGGGUGUUGAAAGAACAUGCUGUUACAUGUGGAUUGUUUCGGUUCAUUACACUUAUAUUAUACAUACACAUAGGUAUAAUUCUUGUCACAGCUGUCGGGGCUUCCAAGCGCCUCAGUGGGGUGAGGUGAUUGCAGUUUUGUUGUUUGCAGACAUAGUGACAUGCCUCCUUGGAGAGGUCUGAUGGACUAAGGAGGCUGUCAUGGUAAUGGUAGGUUAUCUUUGUUAGUGUUUAAAAUGUAUAACUCCCAUGUCAUCCAUGCUGAGGUUAUGAAUGGUUUUGGGGGGUAAAUGUUUGCGUGCCAUAGUUUCAUGGCUUUUGGUUAACGCUAACGUUUUGAGCCAUUGGGUUUGUGUUGGUGGAUCUGGCUUGCGCCAGAGUCUGCUAAUCAUUUGUAGGGCUGCCACGAUAAUGUGGUAUAUGAGCCUUGGCUAGGCCGUUUGGGAAAAAGUUUAGUAAAUAGAUUUCCGGAAGUUUGGGUAGGCGUAUAACCUGUGCUAUUCCUGACCAGUAGUGCGUUAGUUUUGGGCAUGACCACCAAAUGUGGGUCUUCGUCCCUUUGUCUGCGAGACAGUGCCAACAUGUAUCUGGCAGGUUCGGGUUUCAGUCAUACUGGUACCAUAUAUCAACGGUAUAAAAUGUUGUGAAAUUUCCAUAUGUGAGGUACACAGUGAUACAUUUUUGUGCGCCCUGAGUAUUUGGGUCCAUUGGCUCUCAGAGAGAGAGAGAGACGCCCAGCUCUCGCUCCCAUGCCCUAGUAAAGGUGAAGGAUUGGGGCUUGGCUAUGACACCAUUUUUGGCGUGUAGGAUGGAAAUCAGUUUCUUGGCUGGUUUUAGUCUGAGACAGAUCUGCUUCACCUCAGUCAGCUGUAGACCAUUUACAAUGUUGUGUGAGAUAAUUUGCUUUUAUAACCAUGACAAUAGUUGCACAUAUGAGAAGUUUGCAUUAUUCUGUGUUGUCUGUAUGUUGUCAGUGUUGGCCCUUGGAAAGUAUGAUAUACAGGUGAUACUCGAAAAAUUAGAAUAUCGUGCAAAAGUUAAUUUAUUUCAGUAAUGCAACGUAAAAGGGGAAACUAAUGAGGUGGACGCAUUACAUGCAAAGCAAAAUAGUUCAAGCCGUGAUUUGUCAUACGUGCGAUGAUUAUGGCUUACAGCUCAUGAAAACCCCAAAUCCACAAUCUAAAUUAGAAUAUUGUGAAAAGGUGCAAUAUUCUAGGCUCAGUGUCCCACUCUAAUCGGCUAAGUAAGCCAUAACACCUGCAAAGGGUUUCUGAGCCUUUAAAUGGUCUUAGUCUGGUUCAGCAGGAGUCACAAUCACGGGGAAGACUGCUGACCUGACAGUUGUGCAGAAAACCAUAAUUGACACCCUCUAUAAGGAGGGAAAGCCUCAAAAGGUAACUGCGAAGGAAGUUGGAGGUUCCCAAAGUGCUGUAUCAAAGCACAUUAAUAGAAAGUUAUGUGGAAGGGAAAAGUGUGGAAGAAAAAGGUGCACAAGCAGCAGGGAUGACCGCAGCCUGGAGAGGAUUGUCAGGAAAAGGCCAUUCAAAAGUGUUGGGGACUUUCACAAGGAGUGGACUGAGGCUGGAGUCUAUGCAUCAAGAGCAACCACACACAGAUGGAUUCUGGACAUGGGCUUCAGAUGUCGUAUUCCUCUUGUCAAGCCGCUCUUGAACAACAAACAACGUCAGAAGCGUCUUACCUGGGCUAAAGAAAAACAGACCUGGUCUGUUGCUCAGUGGUCCAAAGUCCUCUUUUAUGAUGAGAGCAACUUUUGUAUCUCAUUUGGAAACAAAGGACCCAUAGUCUGUAGGAAGAACGGAGAAGCACACACUGCAAGAUGCUUGAAGUCCAGUGUGAAGUUUCCACAGUCUGUGUUGAUUUGGGGAGCCAUGUCAUCUGCUGGUGUUGGUACACUGUGCUUUAUUAAGUCCAGAGUCAACACAACCAUCUACCAGGAGAUUUUGGAGACAUCAUGCUUCCUUCCGCAGACUAGCUUUAUGGGAAUGCUGACCUAAUUUUCCAGCAGAACUUGGCACCUGCCCACACUGCCAAAAGCACCAAAGCCUGGUUCAAUGACCGUGGGAUUACUGUGCUUGAUUGGCCAGCAAACUCGCCUGACCUGAACCCCAAAGAGAAUCUAUGGGGCAUUGCCAAGAGAAAGAUGAGACAUGAGACCGACCAAUGCAGAAAAGCUGAAGGCCGGUAUUGAAGCAUCCUGGUCUUCCAUAACAACUCAGCAGUGCCACAGGCUGAUAGUUUCCAUGCCACGCCGCAUUGAUGCAGUAAUUGCUGCAAAAGUGACCCAAACCAAGUACUGAGUCUAUAUGCAUGCUUAUACUUUUCAGAAGUCUGAUAUUGUUCUAUGUACACUCCUUGUUUUAUUGAUUGCAUGUAAUAUUCUAAUUUACUGAGAUUGUGGAUUUGGGGUUUUCAUGAGCUGUACGCCAUAAUCAUCGCACUUAUGACAAAUCACGGCUUGAACUAUCUUGCUUUGCAUGUAAUGCGUCUAUCUCCUAUAUUAGUUUUCCCUUUUUACAUUGCAUUACUGAAAUAAAUGAACUUUUUGCAUGAUAUUCAAAUGUUUCGAGUAUCACCUGUAGAUGUGUAAUGUGGUGUUUGUACCAUAGUUUGUACCCACUUCCAGGGGUAAUGCUCGGGAGGUGCCUCAAGGUAACCUGUGUUUCUCCCAAAUCUGUAGUGCAAGUUUGGUCGUGGGGAGUGUUUCCUUUUGUUUUGGUAUCAGCUUCCUAGAUAUCCAUGCGAGAGCAGGGAUGGUAAAAUCAUUAGUGUAUAUUGAUUAUAUGUGGACCCACUGGGGAGGAGGAGGGGGGUCUGAAGCUGGCGUAUAGUAUUGGGCUAAUGAUGGCCGCUUUAUAGUAACUCGUGAUAUCCGGUAGGCCCAUGCCCCCCUGUGGGAAUGGUUUGUAGAGGGUAGACUUUGCUAUUCAAGGCCUGGAAUUAUUCCAGACGAAGGAAUUUACAAGUCCCUGCACCUAACGCAGGUAGUUGUUGGGGACAGCGAGUGGUAUGGUUCAAAAUAAAUAUUUGUAGUUUCGGGAGAAGUAGCAUUUUGACUGCCCUCAUCCUGCCUACACAAGAGAUGAAUUUCCCUAUCCAGCUAUGUAUUUUUGUUUUCAGGUCAGUGAGCAAUAAAUGGUAAUCUGCCUUGUAGAUGCCUGAUAGAUGCAGUGUCAGGGCUAUCCCCGAAAACUUAAGAGAGUUUGUGCUUCUGUGCGCCAUUCAUAUGCAAACGUCUCUUUUAGGUGAUCUAAUGCGUGCCUUGGGACAUUUAUGCCCAUCGCUUAAAAGAUUUACAUUGCAUUAAAAUGCAUGUCUGUACAUUACAAGAUGGUAGUAAGGGGUUUGUUUAUAAAUAUACUGUGUCCCCAGUUUUUGAAAUCUUACCUAUAUAUUAGUUACACUUCAUGGGAUACUUUGUUUGAUUUGUACACUUUAUUUUCCAUAAUGUAAUUGUAAAUGUUAUGAGGAAGUACAGAAUUGUAUGUUUUUUGCAACAUUUUUAUUCUUCUAAAUUGGAAUAGUGUAUAUUGCUAGGAUAGGCAUUGUAUAUUGACAAAUCUGGAGGUAGGUUAUUUUUUUUAUUUUUUUUUUAAAUCUACUGGAUCACAAUUAUUUUAGGAAGUAAAUUGUAUUUUUUUAACUGGCUCUUACUUAAACCUUUUCCAAGCAUGUCCUUUCCCACUGCGUUUUAACAUUAUCGUAGACGCCUUGUAUUCCAGUGAAGUUGAGACCUCGUUUAAUGUAGGUAUAAUUAACGGAUUUAACACGAUCAUGAACACUUGCUGACUAAUGAUGUACCCUUAUGUCGGAGAGAAGUGCAUUUAGAAAGCAUGACUGGGAUGUUUUGGAAAUAGCCAUAUGGAGGUGUGUAUCCAAGGCAAGCAAUUGCCAGGACAGCUGACCCUAGCGAUUUUGCUUGCUUUCACUGGCAGCCAGCUGAGUCCCCAAAUAAGUAAAUGCAGUGGUCACUACAUGUGCCAUACUACUACUGGAUACUGCAGGUCCAAGGCAAUACAGUAAUUGCCCAACAUGGCUGUUCACAGCAUUGCAAAACCGUGACUACCAAAUACCGUGAUCCUACGCGAAUUGACAACUGAUGCACACCUGCAACAGUUAAUGCGGUUUAGCUCAUCAAUGUGCUAUUGCUGUCUGCCUCUGCAGUGAUAGUCCAGCAAUUAUGGUAGAUUAGCUCUUGGAUUGUGUGUUCUAUCUGGUAACAAAUCCAAGUGAUGGUGUGCCUUAGUUUUCUGAGACACUUUUACAUCUACUGGGGUGGGUCCAGUUUGUGUUGGUUAGGGUUGGAAAUUACUUAGUUUGAAGGUUAGUAUGGUGACUGAUAGUGCCACUUCAUCAAACAGUAUCUAUUUAAAAGCUUCAUGUCUGUAAUUUGCCCUACAAGUUCCCAAAAACCUUGAAAAGAUAUUUGGGGUAUUGCUGUAUUCAAGAGAAGCAGUUAAACUGAUUACAAAUCUUGGAUCUUUGAGUUGGGUCAAACAGAGUCUGUGUAAUUUACCAUAAAAAUGCUCAGUGUGUGUGUGUAUAUAUACACAUAUAUGUAUUUAUUUCCUUGGAAAUAGUAUGCCAAAUUGGGAUCCUAUAGUUCCAGGAAAACAAAGCAGUUUUCCUGGCACUAUAGGGUUUAUAGGUGAAGGGGUUCAGUCACUUACCUAAAUCCAGCACCAAUGUCCCACAGCACUGGGUCAGGCUUUGCCCAUGCUCCUCCCCCGGGCUUAUCUAAAAGUAAUAAAUACGCAGUCUGUGAAAUUUCCAACAAAAUGGUGGAAUAUGUAUGAUAUAGUUAAAUGAAGUGUCAUACCUUUUAGCAGUUUUGAAUUUUGUAACUAUUAAAGCGGCUCUCUCGUCAAAACUAAACUUUAUCUAAUUAACUUUCUAGAUAGAGUUGUAUCUAAGCAGAAUAAGCUGGCGCUAUAAAAUACCAAUAAUAACCUAAAACUAUAAUUUACUCCCUGCAAUGUUUAUCAUAUACCUUCCAAAAAUUUAUUUUAAUUCUAAACAUAAAACUCAUUUUAGCAUUGACGUGCUAUUUUUUUUUUCUAUUGAGUUUUUUCUUUUUUCUUUGUACUAGUUGUAAUACAAGUAAAACUCUUUUUCACUUAUAUAAAAAAAAAAGUAUAAAAUCUGAUGUGCUUUUUGGAAAGCAUUAAAUUACAGUGGAACAAACACCAAGCAAAAUUGUCGCAAUCGCACACGGAAUGUGUUUAAAUGUAGAAGAAUGUUAUUGGCAAAUAGCUGGCACUAUAAGCUUUGUAACUACUGUGAAAAUCUGGUGAUGAAACACCUACAAAAAUAAGGUUUCUGUUUAUUAAAAAUAAUCAUAUCUCCCCCUAAUAUCUAAAUGCUACUUCCCCUUGUAGGUGCUGCUCUCUGCAAAGUAUGUAAAAAGUGUAUUCAGUCUAAAAACCAAAAGAAAGAUCCACAAAACCUUGUCUUUCGUAGAGUAUUUAAAUUUUAUGGAAUCAGAACUGAGUGAAUAGUUCAUCUUUGUGAAACUUAAUUUGUCUGAGAUAUUUUAAGUCUGGUAGUGGUUAUGGUGCCAGGUGUGUCCUUGAACAUAUCCAGACUAAGUACUCAAACAAUUUGAAAAUGUUUUGACUACUUGCCUUGGUCCUGCUGGACACCCAUUGCUGCAACCUCUGCAACCAGACGCUCCUGCAAUGAGCCACGGUCAGGCAGAGCAGGUUUGUGCUUAUCGGUUUAGAGCGCUCAUAUUUCAGCCACUGAGAGCAAUCCUGCUUAGCUCAGUGCAGUUGACCUGCAGGAGAAUCUGAAAGCAAGACUAUGGGUUCCUGUUGGGAUGUAGGCAAGUUCUCUGAAAAGUUUUGGCCAAUUGACCGGGUACUCCUGAUGCCAUAACACUACAGUGGGCUGAAGCGUUUAUGGUGUUUUGAGUAUUCCUUUAACAUUAUUCAACUGGUGACCGGCAUUAAACAAAGGUUAGUGUUUAAUUUUUUUUUAUUUUUUUUUUUGUGUGUAUAUAUUUUACGGGGAACACGAGACCACGAUAGUGUUAAUGUUUUAUGAAAACACUUUUUUGGUCGGAGCAAUCUUUUAAUCCUUUAAGGACGUCGAGCAUUCUAUGCCAUCCUUAGGGGGCCAGUCCUAAUCCAUUUAUAUAAUCAUAAUAAUCAAUACAUUUAAAAAUGCUUUAAAAAAAAAAAAGAGAUACAUGUGUCAUUUUUGUUUGUUUAUUCAUAUCAAGAUACAGUUAGAACAAUAUUACACAUGUAUAAAUCCUUUUUAAAUGUAUUAUUUUGUGUGUGUUGUAUCCAAAUAAUAUCAGGGGUGCACUCUCAGCUCUUUUGAAUGUAGAUAGUGUUUUUAAUAGCAAAAAGUUACAUCCGUAAUACGAUCAACGUUUCGAGCCCUAAGGGUCUUUCAAUGCAUUUUUGGUUAAAAUUUACUAUAGAGAGAGUGCCAAGCUGAAUUGAUUUUUGUAUAUGUAUAUAUGUGGAUAAGUAAAUUCUACGUAUAUAUUAUGUACUUUUAUUGAUUAUAAUUUGAAGGACCUACCGAACAACCCAGGCAGAAAGUCCAGAGAAUUUAGUUUGCAAGUCUUAUAUUUAAACUUGUAACUUUUCAAGACUCCAUAAAACCUGUUUGGGGGGGUACUGUUACACUUGAGAGACUUCGCUUAACACAAAUUAGAAUAGUGGUAGCUCUGUUUACGAAUUUAAUGAGUUCUCACUGACUUUUCUUAUUGCGAAAAAUUUGUAAACUGAAUCGUGGUUUCCCCAAAAAUUUUUUUAAUCUAUUCCGGAGGUCAGAAAAAAGUCAAAAUGAGCUGGCAUGGAAACUAACUCACAAUGCAGAACACACAGUAAAAGGCAUGCAAACAACGAAGCUCAACUCCCCACCUUUCCACCGCUUUAGGAAUGCACCAAAAAGUCCCAAAACCGCUGCACAAAAUUUCUAGAAUGGUUCCAAAACUCGAUGCAAAAAACGCUCUAACGCCUUCACACUCUACGCCACGUGCUCCUCACAGUAUGCACAGGAGCGGAGUUAUAAACCUCCCAGGCACAAUAUAUUAUGGGGAAACGUGCUUUGUAAUGCGAAAAAAAAUUCUAAAACCGAGGCAUUAUUUUCAUUUGUAAACUGAAAAUUAUGUUAACAGAGGCGUUUGUAAACCGAGGUACCACUGUAUUUCAAAACUGUAAAACGUUUUUAAAAGAUUACACAAACUGUAUUUAUCAUUGUUGUGAUGCAUAUUACUGUUUUGAAACCCUAAUAUUUGUGUUCAGUGAAGUCUCCGGAGUAUAACCGUACCCCAAUGGUACAGGAUUUAAGGUAUUUUUGAAAGUUCCAGGGUCAAAUAGAAGGCUUGCAUUUCAGUUUUUUUCACAUUGAAAUUUCACAAACACUGACCAAAAUUAGGAUUCAGACUUGUUUUUUCCCCACACACAAACAAAUAUGAAUGCUAACGUUGGCCAGUGUUUUUGAUUAAGUGGCUACUAAAAGAGACUGGACAUACCCCGUUUGCAAUUCCUUGGUUUGUCAACCUUUGCAAAUGGUAUGCCAUCCCGGGGGUAAUUCUCAUUCCUGGAUUGCCAUACAGUCUCAAAGGGAACAUAACCAGUCUGGCAAAUUUCAAUGUGUGUAAAAAAACAAAAAAAACAAAACACCAUAACACCGUAAAACUUAUCCAUGGAGGGUGCUGUUGUACUCGUGAGAAAUCGCUGAAUACAAAUUAUUUUAUUGCAGUAAAAUUAACAGUAUUUACUGUAAAAAUACCAUGCAGAAAUAAAUAUAAUUACUCAAUUUUUUUUUUUUUUUUUUUAAAUUUGUAUUUAUAAAGAGUGAUGUUUCAUAUAUGAAUAUUUGAUUUGAAAUGAAAGUCCUGUUUCUUCUGGACAAAAUGUUCUAUAAUAAGUGUGGGUGCACUUCAUAUGAAAGAGGUGAAUUAUGGUUGAACAGACAUACAGAUAAAUUCCAGGUUUUGUUUUGAUCAGAACGUGUUAAAUAUCUUUCGCUAAAAGUAGUUGUUCUGUCUCCCAUUUAUGUAUACAUUUUAUUUUUGUUUACAAAACAGCUUUGUUUCUUGCAUUACAAUAUUCAGUGAAUAUGCUACAAAAAUACAUUAUGUAAUACUGGGCUUGACAAAUCCCAGACGCCAGGUUGCCAUUGCGACUAGACAUUUGCUCAGGCGCCUGGGAUUUGAAGCCCUUUAGCUAAAGGCAGGAUGGGGGAACAAUGGAGCAGUACUUUCUUCUUAAGGAGCGGGGAGGCGGCUGCUCUGAGGAUCGUGCAGGUGGCCGUCCUGUGGAGCAUCUCUGUGUGAGCAGUGAUCUUCAAGCGGCUCCCUUCUGCUCUCUUGCGCUGUUUAAUGAUGCAGGGAGCCGGGAUAUGACGUAAUUUCGGCCCAGGCAUCACUAUAGGGAGCAGAGGGACCCACUUGAAAAUCACUGCUCCCUCACACGCAGGAUGAGCGAGCAGCCCCACUGGACCCCAGGGAAAGUCCACUUGGCUCUCCCAAAGGUAGGGAGGCUGGGUGGAUUAAAAUGAAAAUUGUGUGUUUGUCUGUUUCUCUCUCUCUCUCUGUCAGUGUGUGCGCGCGCAUUCUCAUGUCUGUUUAGGUACCUGCGCCGCUCUGAACACGAGAGGUGUUUAGUCACCACCUUUCCCACGCUAUGCCAGUGUUCCACAGCUUGUCCUGCCUUCAUGGGUGAAAUAAUCUUAAAGAUCUCCGCUAAACCAAUGCUUUCCUUUUGGAAAGCAUUGGGAGGAUAUUGCGCAUGUUUUCUAUAUGAAACCUCCGUGCAGAGCGUGGAGACGCUGAACAAAAGUUCUGCACACUGUGCAGCACUGACACAGGACUCUAGUGGUGUCUGAGUGACUGCCACUUGAGGUGUUACUAGGCAGCAAUGUAAACACUGCUUUUUUUACUGAAGGCAGUGUUUACAUUGAACAGGCUGCAGGCACCAGAACAACUACAUUAAGCUGUAGUGGUUCUGGUGACUAUAGUGUCCCUUUUGAGAAUUGUAUAUUUCUCGUAAAUUAAACUUUGUUAAUUUUAUAAAAACUGGCUCCUAGAUUCCAAACAAAUUUGUCAAGCCCUGAUGUAAUAUUAGAAAGGUUUGUACAAUUAGCCCAGUUCUUCUCGCUGUAUUUGGUCUGUGGGGGCAGAUGGUUGACUAGUGCAAAACCAUUUUGCAGUUAAACACGGUUGUCGUCAAAUCAAGCUGCUAUUAUUUUAUUUUCAUUUGCAUAGAGAUUUUUUUUUUGUAUUUUUUUUUCUUCUUUUGGAAUAUGAAAAACAGCCAAGUUCUGUAAAAACCCUCAAAGAAUAAUGCCAGCUUCCUUUGUCCUGAAGCCUAGUUAAUUUAUUCUGAGAUGUGCCAGACUGCCCUGCAGAGUGCAAAUAGAAGCACUCACAAUCUGCCAAGCAAUGAGCUGGUGCUAACCAAAUUUCUUUUUUCCUCCCCUCUCUUAAUGGUAGGUGUGGGAUUAUGAGACCGGAGAUUUUGAACGUACACUCAAGGGACAUACAGACUCUGUGCAAGAUAUUUCUUUUGACCAUUCUGGCAAGCUUCUGGCAUCCUGUUCUGCUGAUAUGACUAUCAAGUUAUGGGAUUUCCAAGGAUUUGAAUGCAUCAGAACCAUGCAUGGUAAAAACAUUAAACCUACUUUAUAAGAUUCUGUCUUAUUGGGAGCUGUAGUAUUACCUUACCUACCAUUUAGGCAUCCACUGCUAAGCCCCUAAUUAAUCUAAAAUGUGGAUCAUCGACGAUAAGAGAAUUACGAAUAUAUUAUUGCAGACCCUGGGUAUCUAACUACUUUUUGACUGCCAGUGGAAUUAAAAAUCGUUUAUCAUUUAUGCCCUAAAAGCAGCUUUUGUAUGUUUCUUUUAUAUAUGCACAAAUUCGUGUGAAUUAGGAUAUAUAUUUUGCCAAGUGUUACAAAUACAUAUAAGGUUGCUUCUUCUUCUAGGAUCACAGUCGUACACACAAUAUUUUAAAUUAGACUAAUAAAUUCCAUGUAUACUUUGUGCUAGCAGAAUUACUAGGUUGUUUACUAAAUCUUUAUAAAAAAUAUGGUCCCAUGCCUCACUUGGCAAUCAGAUGUCAACAUAGAGAUAGAUCUUCCAAGAACUGAGCAACAGGGAAGACUAGAGAAAACAACAUAUUGAGGUUUUCCUGACACCGAAAAGCACAAAUGACUGACUACUAAUUGUGAUGCAAGUGAGACCUCUAGUGGCAAAACAGCCAUGAGUGUUAUAUUUUGCCUAGUCCUUUGAACAGAAGGUUCCUUUACAAAAAUAAAAAAAAUGCAUACAUUACAACAUUCUGUGCAAAAUUCAGUUAGAUCUAAUAGUUUAUUAUUUUUCUUCCAAGGUCACGAUCACAAUGUUUCGUCAGUAGCUAUCAUGCCCAAUGGAGAUCAUAUAGUGUCUGCCUCAAGGGAUAAAACCAUUAAGAUGUGGGAUGUGCAGACUGGGUUAGUAUAUUUUGUUUUCUAACUGAAAGUUAAUUUAAAAUUUUGAUGCAUUAUGCCUAGUUCUAUUUUGACACCUUUGUUGAAUACAUUAUAAAGACUUUAAUAAGGCAAUAAACAAAAAAUAUGCUCAGUCUAGGUCUUGAACUAUGCAUUUAUCUAUUUAUUUUGCUUUAGUGUUUUUAGAUGCAUUUUAGAUUCCCCCAGGUCUUAUGCAGGAUGGGAAAAGAACACUGCAUUUCUUUUAGCAAAUUACAGGGAUUAACCUUUUCUGCCCAGCGAUCUAUCCAGAUUAGGAAACUGCUGAAACUCCACUUCUAAUCAUCCCCAUUCUAGAAUAGUUCAGGUUUUGUUCAGCUUCCUUACGCUUGGAACAUUUGACUUUAAAUUCAGUGCAUAUUGCCUUGAAAUCUCUAGGCAACCUCUAGUACCUUAACUUUGCCUGCUGUAGAAUGGCCCUAAUCUAGCGCUUUUAAAGAGGGCUCUAACCAACCAACCAUUAAUAAAUACAAUUAAGUACUCGUUAAGCUAGUGCAAAUGUCUUUUAAAUAUUGUUGAAACAUUCAAUUUCCUUACAGUAUACUACAUCAAUAUCUGAUAUGGUAUUGAUUGGCUACCAUUUUAAAUUGAGAUGGGUAUAUAAAUAGAAAUAGAGAGAUCUGCUGAAACUAAUCAAUAUGAGUGAAUGAUACAUAUGUUUUUAUUUUUUAUUUUAUAAAUCUGGUGUUCUCAUUCAUUGUAUAUUAAGUUGUUUCUGGGUUUUUUUCAUACCACAAUUGCAACUGAACAAGUUUUCACUGUUUUUAACUUUCACGUUCCUCACAGUUUAUCAGCAUUCAGUGUUCCCCCAAAUCACUAUAAACAUUUUACUUUGUAGAUUCCUUUAGAUAUUUUUGUAAUGUAUGUUUUACUUUCUAGGUAUUCUGUGAAGACUUUCACAGGGCACAGAGAAUGGGUCCGCAUGGUGAGGCCCAAUCAAGAUGGUACACUGAUUGCCAGCUGUUCUAAUGACCAAACAGUUCGAGUUUGGGUGGUAGCAACAAAAGAAUGCAAAGCAGAGCUUAGAGAGCAUGAGCAUGUGGUAGAAUGUAUUUCUUGGGCUCCUGAAAGUUCCUAUUCUACCAUACUGGAUGCAACAGGAUCAGAGGUACAAAAUCUUGUAUUUUUACAAAGGCAGGGACAUUAGUGUUAUGCUUUAGCUCAUUUUGUAUUUAUUUAUUUUUAAUAAAAUAUCAACCGCACAGUUGGAACAUUCCCAUGAUGAGCACCACUUGAAGCCAAAUAAUGUACUGCUGGAUUUAGCAUACAUAAAAUAUGUAAUGAAGUAGUGUUUCCAUGUCUUGCUCGCACGGGGCCGUCCAGCUAUGGACAUGAACUCUCAUACCCCCCUUUAAUGCCAGACACACACAACUAAUAUAGGAAGUGUUAACAGCCCCAUCUGGGAAUGACAUUUACUUACUGUGCUAUGUUCCAAUUCCAGCCAAUUCACUGCCUUUUUCAUGCCAGUCUUUUCCCUGGCUUUCCAGAUUUGAGAGAUCCAGAUUUCAGAUAUAAUAGGACACGUGUUUAUGGAAAUUGAGUGAGACAUCAGCAUGUAAUAUCUUAAUUUUUUUUUUUUUAAGCUUUUACACUUAAUGAACCCCUAAAUUGUUAGACAAUGAAUUGCGUAAAAAACAGAAGUACAUGGUACAUUAAACAUUGAUUUGACUUUCCAAAAUUGAGCACUUCUAAAAUGGUUUGUCCUUUCUUGUUAGAGAUGAUUCUUUUAGUAUAUUGGUUUAAUGGUGCAAAGGACUAGCUUAUUGUGUGCAGCUCCCAAACCAUUUCACUUAAGAUUUGCUUAGUCUUAAAGUUGCAAAUUACCUUGUUUUACUGUGUGUUUUCAGCAUGCUCACAAAUAAAUGAUUCAGUGGAUGUAGAGGAAAUAUGAGAAGAAAGUUUUUAUAUAUAUUUAUUUUUUCUUCUAUUUUCCCUGUCACACCAGCAGGGAAAUACUGUUAAAAUAAAAUGUAAAAAAAUAAAUGGUAUUUUAAUUAGCUUUUUCGUGAUGGCUCCUCCUAAAGAAUGGCUUUAGAAGCAUUAUCGGCAUACAUGAUUUCAUUUACGUUUUUCUACGUUGUUCUGUUUUGUUAUAGCUAUAAUUCUGCCUGUUUUUCCUCUUUCAGACUAAGAAGAGUGGUAAGCCUGGGCCGUUUUUGUUGUCUGGAUCAAGAGAUAAGACUAUUAAGAUGUGGGAUAUUAGCACAGGCAUGUGCCUAAUGACACUUGUAAGUAAAACAGUCUAUCAAGUUAUAUCUUAAGAAUUAAAGUUAGAGAGGUUUGGGAGGACAGAUAUGUAAAAUUGUGGGUUGCUGCAGAUUGUUUUAGUUGGGAAUUAGAUAUACAUACAGAAAAGAAAUUCUUACCGGCGGGUUUAGUAACACACUUCUUGAACUUACAGAGACCUGUCUGUCCCCCUCUGAUAGUGCUACUCAUGCCUCUUUGUUUUGGUAAACUACAAUUCUCUUACACUCCCAGACUCCACUGUAAAGGAGGUGGUGUAGGCAUCCUUAUCUCCUCUCAAUGUACCUUUCAACCAAUCAUAACUUCCCCCUGACCAAUCCUUUUUCUUGUUCUGAAGGUCACACUGUCCACCUAUUUAAACCCACUCCUUUAAGAAUUGCUAUCCUCUACCGCCCCCUCAAUCAUGCUAGGCUAUUCAUUGAGCACUUUUCUUCAUAGCUUCCCCACUUCCUCUCAUCUAGCACUCCUUCCCUUAUAUUUGGGGAUUUCAAUAUCCCAAUCAACAACCCCAACUGCACUAAUGCCUCUCGUCUGCUCUCUAACCUCUGUAAUGGUCCAAUUUAGCAACCCAAACAGCUGGACACACUCUUGAUCUCACCUUCACCAAUCUUUGUACCGCCUCUAAGCUCUCUAAUAAUCAUUUUCCUCUAUCUGACCACCAUCUGCUGUCUUUUGACAUCGGCAUACCUAAGACCCAAUUGACACCACUGUCAGAACAUCAAUCUCACAGAAACCUCCAUUGUCUUGACCUAGAGCAUUUCUCCACUAAUCUCCAAACUCUCCUUUUACCUAUCUCAAACCUCACCUGCCCUAGCUCUGUAACAUCCUUCUACAAUUCCACCCUCUCCUCUCAACUAGACAUCAUGGCACCUCCUACAUUUAAACGCAUCAAGCGCCCCCUAGCAACAACCUCAGCACACCAAGCUGAAUCGAUCCCUCCAAAAAUGCCCCAGAACUACUGAACUCUGUUGGAGAAAGUCUCACUGUGCGUCUGACUUUCUCCACUAUAAAUUUAUGCUGCGCUCAUACAGCUAGGCUCUUUCCUUUGCAAAAGUUAAUUACUUCAAUAUCCUCAUUACCACACUCUUUCCUGCGAGCCCAAACAACAAUUUUCACCCAUUUAACUCUUCUUUGCCCUGUUGUUCCUCCUCCUACUCCUAACUUGACUGCCUCAGACUUUGCAACUCACUUCACUGACAAGAUCUCUACAAUCAGGAAUGAGAUCUCUCAUCUUUCUUCUUCACCUUACAAUAAUUCCCCUAACCUCACUCCCUCUGCUGUUGUAUGUUCAUUCGCACCCGCUACAGCAGAAGAGGUUUCGGCUCUGCUCCGGUCCUCCCACUCCACCACCUGUUCCCUAGAUCCAAUUCCCUCACAUCUCAUCCGUACUGUCUUAGUCUUUCUCUACCUCUCACUAAAAUUCUCAAACUCUCUCCUCUGGCAUAUUUCCAUCACCCUUCAAACAUGUAACUCUAAUCCCAAUUCUAAAGAAGCCCAACCUUGACCCUAACUCCCUAUCCAACUAACGUCUUAUCUCGCUUCUGCCUUUUGCAUCCAAGAUCCUGGAAAGAGUUGUGUAUGCGAGAUUGACAGACUUCCUCGAGUCCAACUCUCUGCUAGACCCGCUUCAGUCUUGUUUCCGUGCUAAGCACUCUGUGGAAACUGCACUGACCAAAGUAUCCAAUGAUCUACUCGCUUCAAAAUCUUGUGGUCACUACUCUAUCCUAAUUCCAUCUCAAAAGCAUUGCGCGCAUUCAACCCUAUUUAACGCCAGAUGCGACUAAGGUGCCCGUCCUUUCUCGCCUUGACUACUGUAAUCUUCCUCACAGUGGUCUUACUUGCUCCCAACUUGCACUGUUACAGUCCAUAAUGAAUGCGGCGGCGAGGCUCAUCUUCCUGUCCGCCUGCACCUCCCACGCCUCACCCUUAUGUCAGUAGCUACAUUGGCUUCCUGUAAGAUAUAGGGCUCAAUUUAAAAUUCUGGUUCUUGCUUUCAAAUCUCUACAUAAUGCUGCUCCCACCUAUCUAUCCUCCCUAAUACACAAGCAUGUCCCGUCUAGGCCCUUAAGAAAGAAGCAUGUCUUCAGCAGAGCUUAUGUCCGUACUCCCACCUCUGAUGCUCGCCUUCAAGACUUCUCGAGGGCUGCACCAUUGCUGUGGAACUCUCUUCCCUCCUUCGUUAGAUGCUCACCCAGUCUCCACUCCUUCAAAAAGUCAUUAAAAACCCACUUCUUAAAAGCGUAUCAAUUAAACUGUCAUUUGUCUAAUACUAUCCUUACCGUUUGUCACUUUACCCAACUCCCUCUAGCAUGUAAGCUCAUUGAGCAGGGCCCUCAACCUCUCUGUUCCUGUGUGUCAAACUUGCUUGGUUACAACUACAUGUUUGUUCGUACACCUACUGCAAAGCGCUGCAGUAUUUCUUGGCGCUAUAUAAAACCAUAAUAAUGACCAAUGGAUAUCCUGAUAUAUGGAUAUCCUGGUAUAGUGGAAUUAUGGAUAUCCUGGUAUAGUGGAAUUUUCUCACUCCUUAUAAAGAAUGGGACUAUAGUGACUUUAUUGUAGAAACUUGUUACUUAACCUUAAAAUGAUAUUGUGAAGUUGUAAAACCUGCUGCUGCAGUAACCAACUUUGCAAUAUUAGCUUUCAGUUAGGCAUGAUCUUGGUUUACAGCUUAGUCAUCCAGAAACCUGUAUCUAACAUUUGUGAAAUAAAUUCAGAAUACGGUCUGUCUUUUACAUAUCUAAAAUUGGAAUAUUUAAAUGAACUCCAAAUAUUAGCAAUAAAGCAUAUUGAACAUGCUUGGCAAUCGCUGCUGUUUGCCUAUCUAUUGCUACUUUCUGAGAAGUGUGUAGUGGUUUUAAAUGUUGUCAUACUGUGUGUGUGAUGAUGCUGAAUAGGAAUAUGUUUAAAAAUCAAAGGUAUGGAGGAAGUUCCUCUAGUGGUUUUGUUUUAGGAAAAAAUGUAAACUGCUAUAUUUGACACUGCCUAAGAAAGAGGGCAGCAUAUAGGCUCCAAAAUGCUAUAUGAAAAUGUUUUGGUGCAUAGUGUCUCCCUUUAACUUUUUUUGUAUAUUUCAUGUGAAACUGGCAAAUGUUCUAAAAAUGUGUAGCAUUAAAUGCAGAAUGGCUGCAUUACUUUUGGGGCACGGUAUUUUUGCAAUUUAAAAUUACAGCUAUUUGUUUACAUGACUUAAUUUAAACUGCAUAAUCUAUAACCACUGACAUUUGGGAUCAAUCUGGGCAUUAUAAUUCCAGCCUGGCAUAGGUACUCUGCAACUUAUUUGUUGUAUAUUGUGCAGGGUUGGCAGAGAGUUGUGCACUGGCUGGCAAUAGCUACAGUACAUGCUUCCUAUAAGUAACAAUAUAUUACAGAGAAGGAAAUGGCUAUUUCACCCAGGUUACAAUCCACAUAUUUUAUCACAAGACCACUACGGUAACAGCAUCCCCAAAGAUGCAAGUUACAUUUUGGGUGCUCAUUAUUGAGGUAUCCACUAUCUUGUCACUACACGUUUGUAAUUAUAAGUUGGUUAUAUCUUAAUACUUUGUAACUUUUCUUUUCUCCCCCUCAUCACCAGGUUGGUCAUGAUAACUGGGUGCGCGGCAUUCUGUUUCAUCCGGGAGGAAAAUUUAUAUUGAGCUGUGCCGAUGAUAAGACCCUUCGCAUUUGGGACUAUAAGAACAAACGAUGCAUGAAAACCCUGAAUGCGCACGAACACUUUGUUACCUCUUUGGGUAAGAAUAAUUUUUUCAUUGCAUAGGUGGCUAACUCCCACACAUUUUGUAUUUUUUAUUAUUAUUCUAGGCAUCGAUAUCUGUCUUUAGUGGUCUUUAGAUUUGUUUCUCUGUCAAAAAAUGUUUGGUUCCUAAAUUCUAUGUCUUUUCUACCAAAUUACCAAACAGAAUUUUUAUUUCCUGAUAUAAAUUUCACAUUAAAGCAAUUCUACUGAUUUCAAAUAGUCUCAAUUUUAGCAAAUGAGUGUUUGGAUGUAUUCAAACAUCUGCAGCAUAUUUUUAUUGAGGAGAUGGAGGAAAUGUGCAGUAUUUGAGUUGUUAAAGACCCUGUUAGGCUGUAUUGCAUUAGAACCAUACAUUCUUAUGGUUUAUGUAUAUUUUAAUUAUUUUGAAAACCUUAUGAUAGUGCUUUAUGUCCUCGUUUUUAGGUUAAACACUGCUGUAGGUAAAUUAUGCAGACUUUUGUCAUUGCACUUUUUGUUUAAAAAAAUCUUCCUUUAGUAGUAGUUUUUUACCCCACUCAAUUGAUAUACUGUUCCCAAAAACAUUUGUGACUAACUAAAAGUAAUCUUGUGCUCCAAUUUCAGAUUUCCAUAAGACUGCACCUUACGUGGUCACUGGAAGCGUAGAUCAAACAGUAAAAGUGUGGGAGUGUCGUUGAUUUGAAUUCACCUUGGGUCCCCUCGCCUAUUCCCUUUCCUCUGGAUGCACUCAGAUACCACGGUUACCCAUUCAGCUCUGUUAAAUACCUAUUGUCCUUUCAUGUAAAUUAUUCUGGAUGUAGAUUGAGCUUAUUAAAUGUUACACAAAAAGUAUUCAUGCAUGGUGAAUCCAAAUUGUAUACUGUAAAUUUACAUACGUUGUCUAGAAGUACCAUAGGUUUAAAAACACGGGCAGGCAUUGGUCACAUCAGACCUAAGGCAAGAUCUGGGUAAUUCUGGGGUGUCAGAGAAGCGGACUAUGUAACUUGCUCCAGCUGCAGGAUCAUGCCUGAUGUUAUUUUUGUCUUCAGUUGUGGUUUCCUAGAUCAGUGGACUCACUUCAGAAGCACAUUUGUGGGGCUUUUUGAAAAGUAAUGUGUAUCUGCUACACUUUUAGUGGGCUUUAAAAACUCACCCUUUGCAUUGGAGUGUCCGCAGAAUAGGAGAACUUUUGUGAUGCGGCAGCACUUGUCUUUUAUGUAAGUAAUGAUUACUGCAGAACAUAGCACUAAAUACUAAUGAUGCAGGAUAUUAAUCUUCCCCCACUUGGUUUUUAAGGAUUUGGCUCUUUUUCAAUUUGAUUAGUAUCUAAUAAUCGCCACCUAGGGUAUUUCAGGGGCAUUACACACUUGAUGGCCUUCAAGGGAAUGAUUGUUGGAUGGUAACCAAAGACUUGUCAUCAAAGGUGAAAUAUGAAUUAUGCAACAAAUUUGUCACAAGAUUAAAGUAGUUACCUCCAUAAAUGUUUGUACUUUAUUACAGCCACUUUGCAUGUGUAAAACAUUGUUGUAUUUGCCUCCUCUUUAUUUCAUUGUGUGUCUCAGGGUUGGCUACCAUCAUGCCUUUUCCUUCUAGAGGCUCUAGAGAUCACUUGGGCUUCGGCAGUUCUGCAAUUCGAACCUUAAAUUAAACCAUAGAAAGGCUACGUGGAUAUUAUGUUGUUGAACACUUCAAAGCCUUUUGGAUCCCAGUAAUGGAACAUUUGAUUAUAAAUGUUGGAAACCUUUCUUGCCUCUACUCAAGCAUUGACGCUUGUAUACUCCUGUCAUGGUUUCCUACAAUUUAAUUCUUGAAUCUCACUCCUACAGCACAGUUUUGUUUUUUUCCCCUUGCUAAUAUUCAACUGUAGUAAGUUAUAAAAAAUAUAAAGUGGCCUGUUUUCACCAUUGCAAUUGAUUAAUAUAAAUGUUGAGGCUUCUUUACAGUAACUACACACCUGCCCCAUCAGAUACUAGUUUCCAUAACCUUUUUCUCAUUAUUUUUGUUUUGGGAAACCAAAUUCACUCAAAUUCCUAUUUAGGAAUUAUAUGGCCCACCAUGUGCCCUUUCAAAUAAAUGAUAAAUAUCCAUAUUGGUGGAUGACAGAUUUUUAUUUUCCCUGUUAAUGAGUGAUCGACAUUGCCAAACCACUGUCAUUUGUGGUUUCAGAAAGGUUUUUGGCGUCUAUAGAGUUCCAUCUAUCUGUCUGGCUGCUCUGAUAGCUAUCACCUGUACUAAAGUGCAGCUAAGCCUUUUGAUAACAAGAAAUGAAGAGGUAGCCACCUCUGACUUGGUUUUUAUGACCUGACUUCUGUAGUUUAAAUCAUGAAAACAGGCCUGGUUCUAGUUUUGCAAUUGUUUGCUCAUUUACAUUUUAAAGCUGGAUGUUUUCACAAACGUUUACAAUCCUUGUAUUGGUUUGCAUUUGUUAGUUAUGCAUGUUACCUUUUACUUCUAAAACUUGUAAUAUUUUGUAUUUUUGCCACCUCAGCGAUCAAGUAGUUUUGGAACCUUGGCAACAAAACCACUGUAAGACAACUUAAAAAAAAAAAAAAAUAAUAAUAAUUUGUAAUAAAAGGAAAACAAAAAUAUUGGGGGAGGCAGGAGGGCAGCAGCAUUUACUUAUUUUCUCCUGACAAUUGUGCACUCAUUGUAUAUAUUGAAAAUGUUAGCCAUAAUAUUGCUAAAAUCCACUGGCUCAGUUAUACAAGUCUCCCUUCAAGUAACCUCAACUAUGAUUUUAUACCGGUUGCAUUUCUAAAACCAAUUCCUUUAUUUUUAAUAACUGCCAUUAUCUAAUUAUUAUUUGUGUUAAAACAAUAUCCUGACUUUUUUCAUCUUUAUUUCCUGACCUUUUUAUUCCAACUAAUUUCUAAAAUUCCCAAAACAAAUAUACAACGUGCUGAAAUAAUGUAAUCUGUUCUCAUUGUACUACAUCUUGCAACUGUUGUGGCACAACAAUAACUUAAAAGUAUCCGUUUACAUGAUAAAUGUAGAAUUUCAACUGCACACAUAAUACUCAUCAGAAUAAUUAAAGACCACAUCUACUGUUUUGGUGCAGAUGUGGGUGUGGUGAAAUGAUUAAAUAUGGAAACCAGUAGAUUUCUAAAUUUUCUGAUUCUUUGACUUUAGAUCUGGACUAGAAGCUUGGCGAAAGAAAUGUACUUCUAGCAAUGUGUUAGAACAAUGUUAGGCAACCUUCAGUGCUCCAGGUUGUAGACUACACCUCCCCUGAUGCUUUGCCAGCGUAACGGCUGAUGUAGUCCACAUCUGGAGUGCCACAGGUUGCCUACACCUGCUGUAGACUAUUGCAUACUCAAAUAAUUACACAAGAAGGUAGGGUAGUUGUGGCUUUUAUAGUCCCUCUUAUUCAGUUUUUACUUGUCCAGUCUUUCGACAUAGUCAUUCAACAUCAUGUAAAUGACUUUGAAUAAACAAAAUAUUGAGUUAAUCAUAUUUUAUAUAUUGAAUUGUGGCUCUAAAUUGAAACUCUAACCAACAUUUUGUUAUCAUUUACAAUGAUCUCAAUAUGUGAUCUAUUUUAUAGCUUUCCCUCUUACAAACACUUUGUAGCUGUCAUUGAACUUUGCUGAUAGCCAGCAUUAAUCUUUUAGUGCCACAUGGGUGCUCAGAGUAUCGCCUUCUGACACUAAAUAAAUGUUGAUUCCCAGUGCUGAUGUGAUUUUCAGUGUGCCUUAAUAUUUCCUCCCCCUUCUGCUUCACUGUGUAUAUUGUAAUUUUUAUUUUGUCAAUAAAUUAACAAGUCUGAACAUAAUGCAGUUGCCUUUAUGAAGGCUUUCACUUGAACAGUAAAAUCUUUUGACGUUUAUGAAAUCACUAAGAUGUGUGUCUGGGUUGUCAAGAAAUUAUUCACAUGAUCAAAAUUUCGAAAAACUUAGACCUGUAUAAACAGCGAAAUUUGUAAUUCUUGGAAAAGCAACACCAAUUUUGUUCUAUCAAACUGUCUUUAAAUCAAUCAAGGUUAAUGAUGUGUGGGGUUUUAAAAGUAGGAAAGGGCAAUAUUACAGCUAUCCAUAUCAAAAUGAAACUUCAGAAAUGUUGUGAAAUGGUUGGCAAACACCACAAAAGUGUGAAAUAAAAUGCACAGCUUGUUUUGGGUGUGAGCUGUCAUACUUUCUAUUGUUUAAUGCUUUGAAGAUUAUCACCACACCAAAUGUUUACUAUAACCUCCAAAUGGAUGUUUAAUUUCUUUGUAAAUACAUUUUGUUUCCCCUUGCCGCAUAAUACACAAUUCAUUCCUCUGUAUAAUUUUUAGUAUUGCAAAUAUUUAGCUCUUAGAAAAAAAAAAAAGUUGAGGGUUACAGUAAAGGAUAUUGGUGUUCUUAAUGCAUUUUGCACUUUAGAAAAUGAAACCGUCCUGCUUGUGUGUGGUGUGACCAAUGAUGUGCCCAGGCACUAAUCAAAGAGAAACUAGUUACUAGCAAUUAGUCCAUGGCCUGUGGAGCAGUGCUGUAGUUUCAGAGCUUUUAAUAGGCCCAUGAAGCCCAGUCUAUUUUUUUUUUGUCAUACCCUACUUUUCCUUUUUCUGCCUCUCAUGUUGUGUGAACCGCCUGUUCGAUUCUCAUUCUUAAGUACAUACCACCAAUGCCCUCCACAAAAAUGCUAUUUAAAGUUUAUAUUUUGUUUGUCGUACAGUGGUGGAUUUAUGAACCUUGACAUGUUUAACGGGGAAGGGGAAAUAGGUUAAUUAUUUAACAGUGAGGCACUUACAACCACUUGCAAUCCUUUUUAUCUGUAAAUGCACACAGGUUAAAACAGUUUGUUGAAAGAUACACUAUGUGGAAACGAGUCAAAUUUAUAUAUUUUUUUUUUUAAAUUCUUUUUUUCUUUUCUUUUUUUGUUCAUGAAGUAUGAAUUUACAAGUCACAACUGGACCUCAUCUAAACAGAACUUUAUUCCAGUCUAUUAUGUAAGUGGCUGCUUUAUUGUUCUUCAGGCUGCCAUUGUCCAAUUCUCCAUUCCCUCCUUACCUUGAGUUCAUUUUUGAAGAACAAAUUUUCUUCAAUUUAGUUGACCCUUGACAUGGACAUGAACAAAAGUGUCCAUUUUCGUAAGGAUUUUUUUUUUUAAUGACUGUAAGAAAUAACUGAACAGAAAGUGACAGUAAAAAAAAAAAAAAAAACCUAUAAAAUCAGUAAAGGAAUGUAUAUAAUACUGCAUUGUGUUUUACAGUAAGAUUUGUUGCUCUCAAACUGUGUAAAACAAAAUUUAUUCAUGUUUUCUGCAUAUUAAAAAAAAAAAAAUCUUAUUGUACCAAUUGGUAAACUAUUAAAUGCAUAUAAAACUAGAUCUGUGGCUUUUUUUUUUUAAACUUUUUGCAUCAAUUCUGCUGUCUUUGCAGCUUUUAAAUGGAUAGUGAAUAAAAAUUUUAAGGGCCAUAUUUUAAAUGUGUUUAAAUGUACAAGCCUACUGUACUUUUCAAAUGGCUUUUAUUGGCACAUUUUAUCACUAGUAGGAAAACAUUACUUUGUGUAAAUGGUCUCUUUUUUUUGUUUGCCAUUCGAGGCAUUAGAAAACAAAAAAGGCAAACGAAAUUCCAAAGGGCUUUUCAUUCGUCCAUUCAUUCUGAAAGCUAAAGGUUGGUAUUACACAAACAUGAACACAAAAAAAGCAAACUUUUUUUUUUUUUUAAAUAUUGUACAAAAUAGAAUGUUCUGCCCGUAAUGGAGGAAACAAAACAGGAGUUUCAUUUAUUUAGCAUAAACACUUAUUUGAAGUAGUAAACAAGAUUGUUCCAUUUUUUAUUUUUCUUGUUAAUCAUGUCUGCAUUUGCAAAUGCGUGGCUCUUCCCUUUACAACAGCUAGGAUAGGAAAUACUGCUUAUUUUAAAAUUUGUAUAAAUAGGAUUGUCCGUCCCCUUUCAGAUAGUCAAUGUGACUAAUGCUACAACACCCCACCCCAGCCCCCUCCAAUUGUAAUUUGCUUUUGCUCUUAAUGCACCUUGUAUUAAUAAAUUCCUUUUUGACACUUGCUCUCUAGAUUAACUUUUUACUUGUGCCAGGCUGUGAUGUCUACAGUGUGCCUUCUGUGGGACAUUUUUGACUGAUGGAUUGUGGAUAUAUAUCAUUUUUUUUCUUUUAUUUUUUGCAACUAAAAUGGAACUUUAAAGGAAGUUUUGAAAUAAUUUUUUUUUUUAAUUUAAUGCAGUAUAUGGUAAAACAAAAUUUUUAUAUAUAUAUUAUGUCCCAGCUCUCUAUGCUCCCGGUCUUUAUCUGCUCCGGUGCUGUCUCCAACCAAAUUGUAGUCUUUACAGACUGAAACGUCGAUCUGUACGUUGUGUAUUCCUAUUAUUGCUCAAUAAAGCAACAGUUGAAAUUUA